GCUCCAAGUCCAUGGACUACUCCAACGGCCUGUUUGACUGCCAGUCACCCACCUCUCCCUUCAUGGGCAGCUUACGGGCGCUGCACCUGCUGGAGGACCUCCGGGGCGUGCUGGAGCUGAUGGACACCGAGGAGAGGGAGGGCCUGCGCUGCCAGAUCCCCGAUGCCACCGCAGACAGCCUGGUGGACUGGCUGCAGCAAGGACACCUGGUGGUAAGACCAGUCAAAAGUAGUGCACUAUAUAGGGAAUAGGGUGCUGUUUCGGAUGUAUCCACUCAUGAUCAUAAUGAUAAUCUCAGUGGGUCAAUUUGGUUUAAUGUAUCGCAUUGUGAGGACUGCAAAGUCUUCCUGGUUUCGCUGGUGAAAGAACAUUUACUUUGAUAUCUAGCACCUACUAUAAGCCAUGUAUAUUAACUUUAAAUCCCUUGUCACACCUAAUGUGAGAGACACACACAAAUCUGUGAUUAGAUUUUUAAAAAAGGAGAGGACUAAGAGAAUGUCAUAAAGACAGACGUACUGUACACAGACAUGGGAGACGAAUGUUACAUUCCGUUAAAGUUCAUGUUCAGCUCUGAUGACAUCCCCCUUGUCACAUCAGUCUCCACAGCGGUGUCGCGCUACGGCUUGUGUUUGUCCAGACAUGUCAUGGUGUGUGUAAAUAUAGGCCUGCUGUUGCUGUGUCCUGAUUUAGGGUGUGAAAAGGUUAUAACCACACAGUGGACAUCUUUUGUUGUGGCGUCUGAGUUAUUCCCUCCUGUGUCACUACAGACAACCUGUUAGAAACCUGUCUGAGACUGUCGUGGGGAAUCUGGGAUGGUAUCUUGAUGAGCUCUACUGCUAUUUAAAGGAUACGAACGGUAUGGUAUGAGGGGAUACAUUAUCACAGACAUUUCCUGGUCAGGUUUGGUAGCAGAGUAGCAAUAUAGAAACCCUCUAAAUAUUGGUGAGGGGCAAUGUUGGUUGGGGUUGAAGUGCCAUAGGACUGCUAGAGGAUCUCGCUGUACAGCAAACCAGCCAACAUGCCCUUAACAAAAAAGGCAACUGGUUCGAAAUGUUGGGUCUUUGUGCCGGCUAAUAAUAAUAAAUUAACGAUUAAGCCUAUACAUUUAGCUCUCUGUGUGUGCUCUCCAUUCCAUUCGGUUUUGCAGCUGAUUUACAGUGAAAAUGUUUCUUGAACAGUCUUGGUUCAAACAAACUAGAUGAAGCCCAUCUGGUACAUGAUCAGCCUGCUCACAGUUCUUCAGCCUAUCCUCACUUUGAAUGUUUCAAAAACACCUCUAAUAUCAGGCUGCGUUGUCCAAGAACAGUGUCUCUGAAUGUACAAAGCAAAUAUCUCCCUGAACUCUUACUGUAUGAUGUAGUUAGUAUUCCCCUGGAAAUGUGAGAUAAAACCCAGGUGUUGUCACAGACCGCUGUGAGAAACAACCCACUGAUAUGUUGGGAUUGGGAACCAACAACAUGUUGCCGAGACAGCACUGAGAUUUGGGCUCUGGGCCAGGGAAAUGCCUGCGCUUGUGUGUAAUCCUAUAACUCUCUCUGUGUGUAUACUAGUCUCUGAAAAUGGUCCCCUCUUCGACCAUUUGAAGGUGUUGUUGGCAAAGGAAAGGGAAAAUGCAACAUCAAUCACGCUAGCUGUCACUCGAAGACUCUCAUGUUCGAUUGUUGUGCGAUAAUUGUCCGUGUUCAAGGUACUUCAAAUAUGCCCUGUUCACCCUUGAAAAUACUUCCGUGACCAAUGGUGCCACAACACCACUCUUUAGGUUUAUCUGACUUUAUCUUGAUACAUGAAAGUAACAAAAUGUCACUUUUUGGGCGACCCGACCAAAUUCACAUAGAAAUGUGAGUUACAAAGCUAUCAUUCUACUUGAAAGUAAGUCUCUAAGAAAUGAUAGAUAUGUGCUAUAUCUAUGCUUCCCAUUCUUAAGUUUUGUUUUUACAUCUUUUACUUUCGGUUUUGUACACCAGCUUCACACAGCUGGAACAACAAUACUUUUCAUUAUGGAAUAUAUAUUUCAUAGCGGUUUAGAUGGUACAAUGAUUCUCUACACUAUACUUGCUUUUUUUGUCACAUAAUCUGAAAUUAGGCAAACUAUUAAGAGUUUUAGCAACCAGGAAAUUGCACAGCGAUUUCUGCAUAGUGCAACGUUAAGCACUGAGGAUGUCACCAGCCUUACCAGUGUAGUAGAGGCUUAAUCUUAGAACCCAAAACCACAUCUUGCGUCCACGCUGGCCAGCUACUCAUAACUUAAUUAACAUUGAUGUUAAGUCUGUCACUAGGGACUAUUGGAGUCUGAAUGUUAACACUCACAGACCAAUCCCAUGUGUCACUCUCUCACUGACUCUCCAUGUUGUCUUCUCUAUGCCUGCCUGCAGUCCAAUGGCCACCACAUCUCCAUGGGUGGUGACCUCUACCAGGAGAGACUGUCUCGACUGGAGGGUGACAAGGAAUCCCUGGUGCUUCAGGUACUGUACAGUACACAACAACAUGCCGUAGCUAGUAGCUAUCCUACCCAGGCAGCAUUAAUGGCUCAUUAAAUUAUGUUACAAUAGUAUUAAUAAUAAUAAUAAUAAUAUGCCAUUUAGCAGAUGCUUUUAUCCAAAGCGACUUACAGUCAUGCGUGCAUACAUUUUUGUGUAUGGGUGGUCCCGGGGAUCGAACCCACUACCUUGGCGUUACAAGCGCUGUGCUCUACCAGCUGAGCUACAGAGGACCAAGUAUUGAUUGGUCUAGGCUGCCGCCGUCAGUUGAUCUAGGAGGUUCUGAACGUCUCCAGCACCCCUCUAUCCGUGCAUCGAUGGUCUGUCACACACGAUCCAUGGGGUCUGCAGUGACGUUCUUCAGUAAGAACUGUCCUCGAUCAAAUUAUAAGUGGCCUUUUUAGUGCAAUGAAGUGAAAUGAACGUAGCCUGGUCCCAGAUCUGUUUGUGCUAUAAGCCAAAUCACAACAUUGUUUGGGCAUGACAACCACCAUAGGAGUUGGCUAUACAGCACAAACAGAUCUGGGACAGGGCUAUAUAAUGAACUUGGUGUAAUAACAAAAACUCAAUCAACUCCAUUACUUUUCAAAUACAAAGCACUAUGCACCAUAAUAAUGUUAAUGUUACAAUUGUAAUGACAGCGUAACUACACAGGUAUUAGAGUUACUUAAAGUGUUACCCUUGUGUUCCUGUGCAGGUGAGUGUGUUGACAGACCAGGUGGAGGCGCAGGGGGAGAAGAUAAGGGACUUGGACAUGUGUCUGGAUGAACACCAGGAGAAACUGAACGCCACUGAGGAGAUGCUACAACAGGUCAGUUUGGAUGAGAACGGCCCCUGAAAAAUGGGUCUCUGUUGAAGUUAUAUCGUCAACACUGCUGAACAACAAAACCCAGCAAGCAAGCCAAGCUGUGUAUGUGUUUAUAUUUGGCGUGUUUUGUGAUUUCACAGGAGCUCCUGUGCAGAACGACUCUAGAGACUCAGAAACUGGACCUAAUGGCUGAGGUGUCCAACUUGAAACUGAAGCUGAACUCAUUUGAGAAGGACAGACUACACUUUGACCUCAGGGACAGUGAGGUAUGGGAUGGGAGGCCUCUGUUUAAGGACUGAUUCUUCUUACGGUCUUUCUCUCUCCCUCUCUCUUUCUGACACACACACAUAUACACACACACACUUACCCUUUCAUGCUGCCUGACACCUGUGUGGGGGAGGGAAGGCUUGCGUCAUCAUGUGCUCAAAGCCGCAGUGUGUGUGUUGGGGCAAUAAAAGAGACCAUUCACUUCCAAGGGAAUGCCAGACUUGCUAUGGCCAGACGCACUGUAAUUGUGUUUUGUUUGAAGGUAUGAAUGAGUUGCUCUUAUAAGAACGUGAAGCUUCAGGGUUUUAAUAAUAGGAAAUUGGAAGUAUUUUUCCUCUGGUUGUAUGGUUGCAAACAAUGAACAAAAGGUUAUGUUCAUAUCUUGUUUACGUGGAAGUUUGGAGCAAGUUUGGGGGGGGGGGGGGUGUAUUUGGACUCCAAUGAACUGUGGUGGAUUCUUGGACGGCUCUCAAACAUGUCAUGUUAUUGUUGUUAUGGCACAGCUUCUCUUCCAGUCCACUGGAACAGUGAGCUGCUGUCCAUUAUGUUCCACUUCACAGCCUAUCUGGGAGAGCAGAGCACAGAGGCACUCCCCACCAGAGGCACUUUCCUCUCACAUCUCCAAACCUGCUCUGGGAUUUCUACUGUCCCUGGAAAGCAGUCCCUCCAGAACACGAUAUGUUCUCCAUGGGGAUCAGUAGUAGGCCUUGGAGAAUGUAGGAGAAAAUUAUAAUAUGGUUCUCGGGAUAGGCUUCUUUUGAUAAAAAAAAAAAAAAAAGUAACCAUUUACUUUAAUAAGGAGAAGCCACACACUAAUGGCUCCGAUGCAAUAAAUGUAAUAAACUAACGUUUCGACAAAUAAGCUGCCUUCAUCAGGGUUCAAAAUACUUUUUUUUUAUAAAAUGAAAACCAAGGCCAAGUUUUAAAGUGGAACUGGAAUUCUCCAAUUAACCUACAACAUUGUUUUACAUGUCGAUGUUAGGUAAACUUGUUGAACGUGAUGAAAAUGCUUUUAGAACAUAUUAGAUGUUUUUUUUGAGCGCCUAGUACAAGCUAAGAGAGAUAUGGCCGCAGCCAUAUUGAAACAAUGUAAUGGUAAUGGUAGAGCAUCCGCGCACCUACUUUACUCAUGGCAUUUUAAUUAAGACUGAUCAAGAAGUGAAUAAACUAAAAGCUAAAACUACCAAUUUUGAGAUGGGAAAAACAAUAAAAUACUAACAAUCAUGUUAACAAGCCUGUAUAGUCCGGUCAAAAAUCCCCUUGCAUUCGUUUUUGAGCUCAUUCAGCUGUAGGCUACAUUACAUUGAUUUUAACAUGGGCAGGGACAUCAGAUCUACUGUUACCCGACAUUAACAUUAGUAAGCUAGCUAAAUGUCCAAAAUAACAAAGCAGGUAGCUAGCAUCAUCAAGCCUGUAUAGUCCAGUCAAAACCCCACUUGCACAUGUUUUUGUGUUCAUUCAGCAACAAGGUCUAGCUGUGUUAAACAUUACAGUAGUUUUGACAUGGUCAUCGGAUCGUAUUGUGUUAGCCGAAGUUAGCCAGCAAGCUAGCUAACAGCAAACAAGGUUAGUAAGUUAGCUAACUGCAUGGUAAUGCCAACAAUAAUAAAUAAUAAUAUGCCAUUUAGCAGACGCUUUUAUCCAAAGCGACUUACAGUCAUGUGCGCAUACAUUCUUACGUAUGGGUGGUCCCGGGGAUCGAACCCACUACCCUGGCGUUACAAGUGCCAUGCUCUACCAAUUGAGCUACAGAGUACCACAAUAAUAGUCACAUUUGCAGGCAGAUUGUGUACACUAUGCAUAAAAUAGUAUUCAAUAUGGUUUGCAGUGAGGGACUUCAAAUGUGCCAAACCUAGGAGAGGCUAUCUAGCUUGAUGGGCUAGAAAAACUAGUUUUCAGUCAAUGCAAGCUAGCUAGCUAGCUAAGUGUCUGUUCUGAAAGAGUUAGCUGCAGACGUGUAGGUAUGUUAAGUGUCUACUCCUAUUAAUUCAAUUGCAGCUAGUUGUGAUAUUUACCAAAUGAUGCUGCCAAUGUCCAUAGUAAAAUUCAUAAUCCAUUGUAAAAUCCUGCGCUGUAGCAAGCUGUUCUGCUAACGUCACUAGCUAGCAAAAUAUCCAUCAAUGAUAGCAGAGCUUGCCGGGGUUUUGAACUAGUUGGCUAGAUAUGAUAGCCCACCUUGCACAGUAUAAAUGUUUUUGUCAAUUUAGCGUUCAUGCCAUUUUACAAAGCACUUAUUUUCAUAUUUUUUGUUGUAAAAAUAAAGACAUUCUCAAUGAGGCUACUAACAUGCAUUGUAAUCUGGGCUGCCUUUCAGACGAACCAUUCAAGUGAUGCCAUUGAUGACAUGUUAUCAAGAUGGCGGCAUGCAGUAGUCAGAUGAGGCCAUUUUCAAAAGUUUUUACGUAAAUGAGUUUUUCAGUAAGGGUAGGAACAUACUUUAUCACAUUUGGUUAUCAAAAUCACCUUAACUUACUAAAAUGUUUCAGUUCGUCUUUAACGUAUGUUACAUAGCACAUGAUCCCAGAGGAACAAGCAAUCUUACUGUAUCUUACUGGUUUAUCAAGCGAUCAGGGUGACUGUUGCUCUAUGACUCCUUUUACUUCUGAGAAAAUCUCUGAUUUAACAAGCAUGUAUACAGCUUCCCUCCUUCCCCAGUGCACUGUGGGUAAUGCAGUCUUUCUCUCCCCUCUUAGGACAUGGGUCUGGAGAUUAAUGAGCUGAGGUACAGAGUGACCGAGAUGGAGAGUGAAAGACUUCAGUAUGAGAAGAAACUGAAAUCCACAAAGGUUAGUUAUCAUUAAGUAGGGUUGGGCUACCUACACUGCAGUAUGUAAGCAUAAUUCUGCAGAUAAUUAUCUACUUCCAAAAGGAAAACUUUUCACUGUAGCCAUUUAUUCUUUAUACUUAUAUCCUCUUCUUUUGACUACUUGUCAACUCUUGGGUAUCGUUGUGGCAAAUUCGUCCUUAUACUGAUCAAAGAACCAAAGUAUUUCCAGAGUUUUUGUAGAAUUAAGAUAGACUUUAUUACAAUGGACAAAGCUGAGUGGUCUGCAGAGCAUCUCCUUUUCCACCUCCCAGCUCUCAGUUUAUAUAGUCAUUUUACAUACAUUUUAGCUUAACCCCUCCCUCUUGGGUUGCCCCACCACUGUCUCCAGUUUCCACCUCUUGACCGCUCCGGUCUGACUUCUCUAUGUAUUCAGUUUGGAAACAAUGGUGGUGCGACCAAUCAAGCCUUGUCAUGCAAAAUCAUGUUCAGUUUGAACUUUGUUCAACCCCGGCUCACCCUGGCUUGACCUGGAGAUUGACUGUGGACAUGGCAGGUCCACAAUCAAUCUCUCAAACAUACCCAAGCCCAACCCCUCUCUCCCACCCCGUCUUGCUGUAAUUAAUCUAGAAGAUGCCCAAGGAGAGACAAAGGGUUUAGCCUAAACUCUGGUCAACCCCGGCUCGUUCCCGGAAUAUGCCUAAGGAGAGCCACAGGGUCACAGUCUGGUUUCAGUCACUGAUAAGAUAAGACAACUGUAGAAUCUGACCAGAACACGAACACAGGUCAGAUGCCCAUUUCACACACACAAACCCAGUGAGAGGAACCAAUUCAGUUCUUGCCUAGCAACAGAGAUGUACCCAUGUUUAACCCUGGCUCCGUGUUCGUCAUGCUGUGAUUAACUUUGUUUAUCUUAUAGUUUACUGAAAAAUCCUCAUCAUAUCCCCCCUCUGGGACUUCAUAGGUCCCACAUCCUUACAAAAGUAUACAGUUGAAGUCGGAAGUUUACAUACACCAUUUUUACUGUUGUUUUGAUCAACAGGGAUUUCAGCAACGGCAACACACAGCAAAAAACUAUUCCCAUUACUACCAGUGCUAUGCUUAUUAUCAUUGCCAGUUUAGUGAACAUUGCUCCCCAUUUUCCAAAAGUUAAGUCCAACCAAUCCCAGGCACGUGCGUCCUGCCCAGCAUUGUUCUUGACUUCCUGUCUCAAUCCUUUAAGCUUGAUCAUUGCCUCAGAGAAUGUUCCUCCUGGGGCAGUAUUAUUAGGAAUAAACGUGCAGCACUCGCUUCCAAACAUAACACAGACUCCUCCUUUUUCUGCUAGGAGCCAAUCGAGAGCCUGUCUAUUUUGCCAGGUCAUUCUACUUGCUGCCUGUACUUGUUCUCCCAGCGCUGACAAUGCUGAGGCAGUAUAAUUUAUGAACCUCUUUUGAUUGUAAUAUAUGUAAUUGAUCCAUUCCAAAUUUUUAUUAGGAAUUAUCCAAAGAAGUAUUGGUUCAAAUCCUGAUUUAAUCUCACUCCUAGCUUUAAAUUAAUUGGGAAUUCCUCUAGGUUGGCCUAUAGCAUAUAUUUGUAUGUUCAGAUUGGCUUCAUAUGCCCUUUUUGAUCUUUGUAUUUUAGUAUCUUGUAUAUCAACUUUUAAAGCCUUCCAGUCAACUAUUACAACUUUUUGUAUUAGCUGUACUCUGGCACAGAUCCCUUUCCAUCCUUUUGGUAAUAAUGUCCUUAGUUGCCCCUGACAGACCCAGAAUCUGCAAUGGCCACUGACUGAUCCUCAUACGGAGCGAUUAGCGGUAAUGCCAGUAUCUGAUUUUCGUAUAUUUCCGGGGUAACUAUUACCCCAGUACUUGACCCUACUGCCUGAUAGAUUUUUAAUUGAGGGGUGUUUGCAUUCCAAAGGCUAUCUGUAUCUAGGUGCCAUGUAGUUUCACAUUCUCCUUUGAAUUCUCCCAAAUUAUAUAACUCGAUUGUUUUAUUGUAACACUCAUAUUUUUGCUCAUAUUCUAUUUGAUAUUUCUCUGGUGCUUCCCUUUUCCUUGUUUCUAUUUUAAUGUCUAAUUGCUUACACUUCUCUCCCCAUCCUGGUUGAUUAUAAAAUUGUUUAUAUUUAGGAUUUCCUAAAUAUGACAAACAUUCUGCUGGGCAAUACGGUCUUUCCGAGUUCCUUAGAUGACAGAAGUUGUGGUUGAACGUAGCACAGUCCUGGUAACUGUGGGGAUUUGGAACUACUGUUAAAUCCUUUAAAGGAGAUGAAGUGCAUAUUCGACAGUUUUCUUUCUUUAAUUUUAAUGUAGCAUAUUGUGCCCAUCUAUACCAGUCAUUGUUUAGCACCUCAUUCCAUUCCCUUUCUUCUGCGUCUGGUGAGGCUCUAACAGGUAAGGGGUUUAGUGCACUUUCCCAAGGAAUAACUACUUCAACAACCCUGCCCCCUGGAAAUGUAGCACUUAUAAGUACUACAUUAAAUUGUUUAUCUAAGUCUUGGGCUGUUAUCCUUAUGUCUAUGAUCCACCUGUCUUUUUCUUUUAUUAUCUUGAGGUCACAGUUAACCCAUGUGAUUUCCCCAUAAUCCUUGUGCUGGUUCCUCCCACACCAAUAAUAAUUUGACCCUCGUACUUAAUAGCGAUCCCUUUCUGUACUUCAGUUGUGGUUCCUGCUUGGGCAGGAAUAUACAUUCUAAUCUUGUCUUUCUCUUCUCUGUCUUGUUCUUGUGCUCUUUACUAUAGUCAGUAUGCCAUUUUCCUUAUUCAACUGUUCUGGUUUCCAAUUUCUGUUAGGGGACUAGUCAAGGGUAGAGAAAUCAACGGUGGGGAAAUCUGGUGAGUCUUGGUUGUCUUGUAGGUUAUUGGAGGUCUGGGAUGUCUUGGAGGUCUUUUGGAGGCCAAUGUUAAUGUCACCUUUUAGAAUCCACUGUCUUUGACUCUCGCAAAGAUUCUCCAACCCCACUAAAUGUAAUACUUUUUCCUGUCGCAAAUAUAGUCAAUUUCUCAGCGUAAGGAAUCAGUGAUAUUUUAUCCCAAGCAUCUAUUAAAAAGUAGUUUGAGACGUAGUCUCCUACAUCGCCCUUAACAUACAUACUGUAGGGGACUUCAUCAAUCCUGGAAGAAAGAGUCCUACUCAAGACACAUCAUAUAAUACCGUGUUCAAUUAAGAGGAAAAGACACCUUAUAAAAUAAACAAACCAAAAACCCCUUUCGGAUAAUCCAAUCAUUGCAACCAGUGAUCUGGGUCAACAGCAUCAAUGUAACAGUUUUGCUUCCGUCCCUACCUGGGCUUGAACCAGGGACCCUCUGCACACAUCGAAAACAAUCACCCUCGAAGCACUGUUACCCAUCGCUCCACAAAAGCCACAGCCUUUGCAAAGCAAGGGAAACAACUACUUCAGGGUCUCAGAGCGAGUGACUUCACCGAUUGAAACGCUACUAGUGCGCACCGCUAACUAGCUAGCCAUUUCACACCGGUUAAACUCACCCCCCUUUGACCUCCUCCUUUUCCGCAGCAACCUGUGAUCACAGGCUAAAACAUGGAAACUCUUCUAUUCUUACUAGUAGACAAAAAAUAAAACCCAUUCUCAAACAGCGUUCUGCGUUUACCUCUAUCGUAGGGUUAAAAAACUAACUUGACAACUUUCACAAUCCUAGAUUGCUGUUGUAGCUUUAUGUUUUGGUUCAGUGUCUCUGUUAGGGUGUUGGGUCAGUAAUAUUUCUGUAGUGAUCUCAGCUAAAAGUUUUUAUAUUCCUCAGUUAAUGGUAUCUUUCUCCCUAAUAUAUCUUCGUACUCUGCUUCUUUCCCAAAAUGCAUUUUUAUCCCUUGUGUUCCUUUUUAAUAUUAUUUUAUUCUCUGUUCUCUCGUCUCAUUUCGCUAGACCACCCCCUAUUUUACCCUAAUAAUAUUCACGUUUCCAUUUUCGUACUCUAGGUAUCCCGUAUCCAAAUCCCUAUACCUUCUUUUCCUGUCCUUCAGUAUGUCUAUAUCAUACGUUAUUAUUUUUAUGUUUGCUGUCACUGUGUAAUCCGCUAUUGUAUAUCCCCUUAUCCUAUACUUAAAUGCGGCUGGUUCUCGUUCUAAUCUUAAAAAUAAAAAAAUAAAAUAAAUUGGUCAUUUAGCAGACGCUCUUAUCCAGAGCGACUUACAGGAGCAAUAAGGGUUAAGUGCCUUGCUCAAGGGCACAUCGACAGGUUUUUCACCUAGUCGGCUCGGGGAUUAGAACCAGCGACCUUUCGGUUACUGGCACAACGCUCUUACCCACUAAGCUACCUGCCGCCCUUACCCACUAAGCUACUACACCACCUUAGCUCCGCAAUGAGUGACAGUCAUAUAAUGCUUAACCUUAUCUCUAUCAAAUGAUCUAUGUAUUCUUUCCCACCCCUCACGUACGUCUGUUUUGAGUGCGCAAGUUAGUAUAUUUAAUAUUAUUCCACUUAUUACUUCAUCAAAUCUCUAGUAAUCGAUUACACGCACAUAAAAUUCACCAUAUCGUCAUAUAUUCACAUCAACCAAUCAAUUUGCGUUUUUAAUGAUUCUCCAUUGCCACACAUCCACUUAUCACAAUCUACUCCCAGCCGAACCAAAAACAACACUUCAGAUUGCGAAUCAUUUUCCACAUUUAUACCACUCCCAUAUCACAUUCACACAAUGUUAUUCUCAAACACACUUAAUCACUAUUUGUAUAACCUGCAGGAAUAUAUUCUUCUAUAAAAGGCCCCAAAUUUGGAAUGUCAACCCUAUCACAUUUACCAUUUUACUAUAAUCAAUUUUACCAUCCUAAAUCCCAUCUAAGUUUUCCAAAUCGAAUGGCCGAAACAAACUCUAAAAGAUUGGCCGAAAUACAAUGUCUAGAUGUCAUACAACCACACCAGUACAGAUAAGCAGCCGCUCGUGCCAACAUGAAUCGAACAGAAUGGCCAGCAGGAUGAACAAAUUAAUCAAAUGAAUUGAACAAAUGCACCAGACGAACAACCAAGUGACCUCGAUGAAUUGAAUGGCCGAAUUUAGUCAGACCAGUUGACCAAGAUGAACGGAUUGCUUUCGCAAACUCGAACAGGUCCAAUAAAACCAGUAUAAAAAAGUAUUUGAUCCCCUGCUGAUUUUGUACGUUUGCCCACUGACAAAGAAAUUAUCAGUCUAUAAUUUUAAUGGUAUGUUUAUUUGAACAGUGAGAGACAGAAUAACAACAAAACAAUCCAGAAAAAUGCAUGUCAAAAAUGUUAUGAAUUGAUUUGCAUUUUAAUGAGGGAAAUAAGUAUUUGACCCCCUCUCAAUCAGAAAGAUUUCUGGCUCCCAGGUGUCUUUUAUACACGUAACGAGCUGAGAUUAGGAGCACACACUUAAAGGGAGUGCUCCUAAUCUCAGUUUGUUACCUGUAUAAAAGACACCUGUCCACAGAAGCAAUCAAUCAGAUUUCAAACUCUCCACCAUGGCCAAGACCAAAGAGCUCUCCAAGGAUGUCAAGGACAAGAUUGUAGACCUACACAAGGCUGGAAUGGGCUACAAGACCAUCGCCAAGCAGCUUGGUGAGAAGGUGACAACAGUUGGUGCGAUUAUUCGCAAAUGGAAGAAACACAAAAUAACUGUCAAUCUCCCUCGGCCUGGGGCUCCAUGCAAGUUCUCACCUCGUGGAGUUGCAAUGAUCAUGAGAAUGGUGAGGAAUCAGCCCAGAACUACACAGAUCUUGUCAAUGAUCUCAAGGCAGCUGGAUCAUAGUCACCAAGAAAACGAUUGGUAACACACUAUGCCGCGAAGGACUGAAAUCCUGCAGCGCCCGCAAGGUCCCCCUGCUCAAGAAAGCACAUAUACAGGCCCGUCUGAAGUUUGCCAAUGAAAAUCUGAAUGAUUCAGAGGAGAACUGGGUGAAAGUGUUGUGGUCAGAUGAGACCAAAAUGGAGCUCUUUGGCAUCAACUCAACUUGCCAUGUUUGGAGGAGGAGGAAUGCUGCCUAUGACCCCAAGAACACCAUCCCCACCGUCAAACAUGGAGGUGGAAACAUUAUGCUUUGGGGGUGUUUUUCUGCUAAGGGGACAGGACAAGAAGUGGCUCAAGAAGAAGCACAUUAAGGUCCUGGAGUGGCCUAGACAGUCUCCAGACCUUAAUCCCAUAGAAAAUCUGUGGAGGGAGCUGAAGGUUCGAGUUGCCAAACGUCAGGCUCGAAACCUUAAUGACUUGGAGAAGAUCUGCAAAGACGAGUGGGACAAAAUCCCUCCUGAGAUGUGUGCAAACCUGGUGGCCAACUACAAGAAAAGUCUGACCUCUGUGAUUGCCAACAAGGGUUUUGCCAACAAGUACUAAGUCAUGUUUUGCAGAGGGGUCAAAUACUUAUUUUCCUCAUUAAAAUGCAAAUCAAUUUAUAACAUUUUUGACAUGCGUUUUUUUGGAUUUUUUUGUUGUUAUUCUGUCUCUCACUGUUCAAAUAAACCUACCAUUAAAAUUAUAGACUGAUCAUGUCUUUGUCAGUGGGCAAACGUGCAAAAUCAGCUUGGGAUCAAAUACUUUUUUCCCUCACUGUACAAAUACUAUUCCCCGUUCAUUCAGUCCUCUGGUUUUUACACCAAAGCUGUAUCCACGGUCCUUAUAUAGAAAUACUUAUCUUACAAUAACACCUACCCGUAUAACCCCCUUCCUGAUACACACAGAGACGGCUAUAUCCAUAGGACGUCACUUAUCUUACAAUGCCUACCCGUGCAGUCCGCUAUCGAUACUUCUUCUAACACAAUAGUGCGGUAGCCAUAGGACGUAACUCAUAUACAAAAAUCAAAAUCAACAUUGCAUGCAUGCUUAUUUCUCAUUCGAACAAAAACUCUGUACUUUUCCUAAACUUAGCCCAUAAUUCUGGAGAGACCCGGUACCUGACAUUCAGAAUCAGCCGAGUGAACCACACAAUUUCUAUACUAAAAGUAAGAACUCUGCUUACCUCUGUUUACAGUGGGCUCUGUGGUUGUGUGAUUCGUUCAGCCUCCUUCCAAAUAGCGCAGCAACCCUAUGGUUUCUUUUUCCAGUCCCUUCGUGGUCGGCAAUUAUGUUCAAAUUCGUUCUUAUACUGAUCAAAGAAACAAAGUAUUUCCAGAGUUUUUGUAGAAUUAAGAUAGACUUUAUUACAAUGGACAAAGCCGAGUGGUCUGCAGAGCAUCUCCUUUUCCACCUCCCAGCUCUCAGUUUACAUAGUCAUUUUACAUAUAUUUUAGCUUAACCCCUCCCUCUUGGGUUCCCCCACCACUGUCUCCAGUUUCCACCUCUUGACCACUCUGCCCACUUCCUUAGUUUAUGAUAGUGGCAAAAUCUGACUUCUCCUCUAUGUAUUCAGUUUGGAAACAAUGGUGGUGUGACCAAUCAAGCCUUGUCAUGCAAAAUCAUGAUCAGUUUGAACUCUGUUCAACUCCGGCUCACCCUGGCUUGACCUGGAGAUUGACUGUGGACAUGGCAGGUCCACAAUCAAUCUCUCAAACAUACCCAAGCCCAACCCCUCUCUCCCACCCCGUCUUGCUGUAAUUAAUCAAGAAGACGCCCAAGGAGAGACAAAGGGUUUAGCCUGAACUCUGUUCAACCCCGGCUCGUUCCCGGAAUAUGCCUAAGGAGACCCACAGGGUCACAGUCUGGUUUCAGUCACUGAUCAGAUAAGACAACUGUAGAAUCUGACCAGAACACGAACACAGGUCAGAUGCCCAUUUCACACACACACAAACCCAGUGAGAGGAACCAAUUCAGUUCUUGCCUAGCAACAGAGAUGUACCCAUGUUUAACCCUGGAUCCGUGUUCGUCAUAUUGUGAUUAACUUUGUUUAUCUUAUAGUUUACUGAAAAUUCCUCAUCAGUAUCCCCUCCUCCUUUUUGGUGUCUCUUCUCUUAUGACAUCUCUCUUUUUCUCUCUCUUUCCUUGGUUUACCUCCCUCUCCACUGCUACUAGUCGUUAAUGGCUAAGCUUUCUAGCCUGAAAAUCAAAGUGGGCCAGAUGCAGUAUGAAAAACAGAGGAAGGAGCACAAACUACAGGCACUGAAGGUUGGCUUCUCCCAGGGUUUCUGCUUGUUGCCAUCUGAUAUGGGGUUUUGGUCUUUCUACUUUUUACUUUGGUUUAGUUUUUGUUUUUUGAGCAAGAAUCUUUCAACUGGUGUUUUUUGUGUUUUGUUUUUACAUAUUUCCAGAUGAGAAAAUGUACAGUCUUUUUUGGUGCCAGUGAAAAAGCCAAAGAACUUAAACAUAUCAAUGUAAACCCUGAAAUACACCUUCCUUUAGGUGACACCCACAAGGCACCAGUUUAAGCAUACUGUGCAUUCGGAAAGUAUUCAGACCCCUUGACUUUUUUCACAUUUUGUUAUGUUACAGCCUUAUUCUAAAAUUGAUUAAAUAAAACAUUUACCUCAUCAAUCUACACACAAUACCCCAUAAUGAUAAAGCAAAAACAGGUUUUUAGAAAUGUUUGCAAAUGUUUUAAAAAAUAAAAAAAGAUACGUUCUUGCCAUAAGUAUUCAGACCCUUUGCUAUGAGCCUCGAAAUUGAGCUUGGGUGCAUCCUGUUUCCAUUGAUCAUCCUUGAGAUGUUUCUACAACUUGAUUGGAGUCCACCUGUGGUAAAUUCAAUUGAUUGGACAUGAUUUGAAAAGGUACACAUCUGUCUAUAUAAGGUCCCACAGUUGACCGUGCAUGUCAGAGCAAAAACCAAGCCAUGAGGUUGAAGGAAUUGUCUGUAGAGCUCCGAGACAGGAUUGUGUCGAGGCACAGAUCUGGUGAAGGGUACCAAAACAUGUCUACAGCAUUGAAGGUCCCCAAGAUCACACAGUGGCCUCCAUCAUUCUUAAAUGGAAGAAGUUUGGAACCACCAAGACUCUUCCUCGAGCUGGCCGCUUGGCCAAACUGAGCAAUCGGGGGAGAAGGACCUUGGUCAGGGAGGUGACUAAGAACCCGAUGGUCACUCUGACAGAGCUCCAGAGUUCCUCUGUGGAGAUGUGAGAACCUUCCAGAAGGACAACCAUCUCUGCAGCAGUCCACCAAUCAUGCCUUUAUGGUAGAGUGGCCAGACGGAAGCCACUCCUCAGUAAAAGGCACAUGACACCCCGCUUCGAGUUUGCCAAAAGGUAGCUAAAGGACUCUCAGACCAUGAGAAACAAGAUUCUCUGGUCUGAUGAAACAAAGAUUGAACUCUUUGGCCUGAAUGCCAAGCGUCACGUCUGGAGGAAACCCCUAUGAUGAAGCAUGGUGGUGGCAGCAUCAUGCUGUGGGGAUGUUUUUCAGCUAGUUAGGAUCAAGGGGAAAGAUGAACGGAGCAAAGUACAGAGAGAUCCUUAAUGAAAACCUGCUCCAGAGCGCUCAGGACCUCAGACUGGGGCGAAUGUUCACCUUUCAACAGGACAACGACCCUAAGCACCCAGCCAAGACUACACAGGAGUGGCUUCGGGACAAGUCUCUGAAUGUCCUUGAGUGGCCCAGCCAGAGCCCAAACUUGAACCCGAUCUAACAUCUCUGGAGAGACCUGAAAAUAGCUGUGCAGCGAUGCUCCCCAUCCAACCUGACAGAUCUUGAGAGGAUCUGCAGAAAAUAAUGGGAGAAACUCCCCAAAUACAGGUGUGCCAAGCUUGUAGCGUCAUUCCCAAGAAGAUUUGAGGCUGUAAUUGCUGCCAAAGGUGCUUCAACAAAGUACUGAGUAAAGGUUCUGAAUACUUAUGUAAAUGUGAUUUUUCCGUUUUUUAUUUUCAAUACAUUUGCAAAAAUGUCUAAAAACCUUGCUUUGCUUUGUCAUUAUGGGGUAUUGUGUGUAGAUUGAUGAGGUGAUAUAUUUUUUUUACACCAUUUUAGAAUAAGCCUGUAAGGUAACAAAAUGUGGAAAAAGUCAAGGGGUCUGAAUACUUUCUGAAUGCGCUGUAUACUGUAGCACAUGUAAACCACAGGUAUGUCUUAAUUGUAGCUUUCUUUGCCCUCAUUUGGAAGUCUGUUUAGCUGUUUCUUUCUUUCUUUUCCUCCCUCCCUUUUUCUCAUGGAUGAAAUGUCAUCUGAAAAAUCGUUUACUUUAUCCAUUUCCUGUUUAGUUUUUUAGUUUUUAAAGAAUCCAUGCUUGGUGUUCUAUCCCAUGCCUGGUCUCAGAUCUGUUUGUGCUGUUUUGCCAACACCUGUUGUCAUUGUCACGUCAAUUGAGUUGGCAAGACGACACACACAGGCCUGGGACCAGGCUAUUUUGACACUGCCAUGUAAAACGGCUCCUCCAGCACUUGCUGAGACAUCAACCACACCAGUCCAUUGCACUAACCACCUCAUCCACACCUCCCCCUCUCAAACACACACACACACACCCAGAGCAGGUGUGAUCGUCAUUGUCAAGUCAGCAUCUGAAUGAUUGUUGUGGUUUGUUUGUGGUGGUGGGUGUUGGGGGUAGAAGAGGGGGAGAUGUUAAGUCAGUGGCCACAUUCCUGGCUGACUAUGCUGCAGACGCCUGCCAGAUCUCACAACGCCUGCAUAGGUGGUUAACAUAUCAGUUAACCGCACCAUAUGACAUAGUAAUCUGAUGCUCUACUGCACAGUCGAUGACGUGGCACACAACCAUUGGUUGAUGCAAUGCAACGUCUGCAAUUUAGUCGGUCUGGAACGCAACAAGUGUUUUUUGGGAGGAUGUCCCUGAGUAACUGUUGUGUGUUGAACAGGAGGAGCUGGCGACGCUGAGGAGGCAGUUGGAGGGAAGGGACGGAGAACUGAGGAGGUUACACGGUGAGACUGGGUUCAGAGCCAUCACGCCGGGUGGCAUGGACAGUGGAGACAGAGGUGGGAUUAUGGACCAUAGUUCACUGUUUCUCUCUGUCUGUGUCUUUACUCUAUGGGGCGUUUCCCGGACACAGAUUAAGCCUAGUCCUAGACUAAAAGCAUGAAUGGCGGCAGGUAGUCUACGGUUAAGAGCAUUGGGCCAGUAACCAAAAGGUUGUUGGUUCGAAUCCCCAAGCCAACUAGGUGAAAAAUCUGUCUGAGCCCUUGAGCAAGGCACUUAACCCUAAUUGCUCCAGGGUCGCCGUCAACAAUGGCUGAUCCCUGGCCAUGACCCCACUCUCCACGAGUGUUUCAAGUAGUGGGAUAUGCAAAAAAAAAAUAAUAUCCAAUAGGACAAUGUAAGCACCCACCUAAUUAUUAUUAUGUAUUUCGAAAGUGGUUCUUUGUCCAAGACUAGCCUAAAUCUGUGUCUGGGAAACCAACCCUAUAAGACAAACAUAUACCAGUUCCAUUAAGCACAGAUGAUAACAUUUUGGUAACACUUUACUUAAAGCCGACAGUUAUAAUGCAUUAUAACGUGUUAUAAGCAUGUCUUAUUAUGCUUAAAAAAUAUUGUCUCUGAAAAAUCUGUGUCAUAUUUUGUAACCAAUCAACAUUAUUUAAAAUAUUCCAGUCUUGACCGAAGUCGUGAUGGACAGUCUUCAGAAACUGCAGCCAGUUUUUGUUUCAUACAGUAAUUCUGUGUCCUGUUUAGUCUCUCACCCAGAUGAAACUCUUAAAAAGAGGCUGAAAGAGAAACGUAAGGUUAUGGGUUUUAUCAAUGCUUGUAUUUAUUAUUAUUUGCUCUUGCACAACUGUCACUGUUGCAUGUAUGGGCAUGAAUGACCCAUCUGAACCUUGCUUGUCCAUAACCCAUUGGAAAGCUAUUUAAUACAGUGUAUACUCUUUGAAAUCGUUUUAUUAUCAGUUCAGCCACCGGUAUUUUAGAACUCAAAGAAGUGAAUGAAAAGAUGAUAUCAGUGGUUUAUAUUGCAGAAAGGUUGGCCUCUAUGUACUGUAAGAAUGGUAAAGUAAGUUGACUUAAUGGAAAUAUCUUAAAGGUGAAAUCUGUUAGUUUUCUGUCCUCCGUGGCAACCAGAUGAAGUUCAAAUGCAAAGAGUGAAACGCAACCUACACACAACAACAAGAAAUAUAUGCUGUUCAAAUUAAUUAACCUGCGCCUCUUUGGUAUUGUGAUUUCAACUGCCUCAAAAACUUUCUACACGACAUAUUGAUUACAAUGCGAAUCAAACUUCCGGAUUGUGCCUUUAAGACUGCCCUAAGGAAUAAGAAAGACACUCCCUUACGUAUUUAUUUGGAAAUAAAACGUUUUAUUUAUACUCCAGCAUUUUGGAUUUGAGAUCAAAUGUUUUAUAUGAGGCGACAGUACAGAAUUUCACCUUUAUUUGAGGAUAUUUUGAUACAUACAGUGCAUUCGGAAAGUAUUCACACCCCUUGACUUUUUCCACAUUUUGUUAGAUUACAGCCUUAUUCUAAAAUGGAUUAAAUAAAAAAAUGUCUCAUCAAUCUACACAAAAUACCCCAUUAUGACAAAGUGAAAACAGGUUUUCAGACCCUUUGCUAUGAGCCUCGAAAUCUAGCUCAGGUGCAUCCUGUUUCCAUUGAUCAUCCUUGAGAUGUUUCUACAACCUGAUUGGAGUCCACCUGUGGUAAAUUCAAUUGAUUGGACAUGAUUUGGAAAGGCACACACCUGUCUAUAUAAGGUCCCACAGUUGACAGUGCAUGUCAGAGCAAGAACUAAGCCAUGAGGUCAAAGGAAUUGUCUGUAGAGCUCUUAGAGAGGAUUGUGUCAAGGCACAGAUCUGGGGAAGGGUGCCAAAACAUUUCUGCAGCAUUGAAGGUCCCCAAGAACACAGUGGCCUCCAUCAUUCUUAAAUGGUAGAAGUCUUCCUAGAGCAGGCAGCCUGGCCAAACUAAGCAAUCGGGGGAGAAGGGCCUUGGUCAAGUAGGUGACCAAGAACCCGAUGGUCACUCUGACAGAGCUCCAGAGUUCCUCUGUGAAGAUGGGAGAACCUUCCAGAAGGACAAUCAUCUCUGCAGCACUCCACCAAUCAGGCCUUAAUGGUAGAGUAGCCAGACAGCAGCCACUCCUCAGUAAAAAGCACAUGACAGCCCGCUUGGAGUUUGUCAAAAGGCACCUAAAGACUCAGACCAUCAGAAACAAGAUUGUCUGGUCUGAUGAAACCAAGAUUGGCCUGAAUGCCAAGCGUCAUGUCUGGAGGAAGCCUGGCACCAUCCCUAGGGUGAAGCAUGGUGGUGGCAGCAUCAUGCUGUGGGGAUAUUUUUCAGCGGCAGGGACUGGGAGACUAGUCAGGAUCGAGGGAAAGAUGAACGGAGCCAAGUACAGAGAGAUCCUUGAAGAAAACCUGCUCAGGACCUCAGACUGGGGCGAAGGUUCACCUUCCAACAGGACUGAAGCACACAGCCAGGACAACGCAGGAGUGGCUUCAGGACAAGUCUCUUAGAAUUUUUCAAUUUAAAUUAUUAUAUAAAAUUCUUGCUACCAAUAGAAUGUUAUUUAUAUGGGGGAUACAAUCUUCCCAGCUCUGCAGAUUUUGCUGCGAAGAGACAAUCAAUAGGUCAUUUGUUUUGGUACUGUCCAUUUGUAGCUUGUUUUUGGACACAGGUCCAGGAAUGGCUAAAGGAUUGCAACAUUUACCUGGAGCUAACCCUGCAGAUAGCAUUACUGGGUGGUCUGAAAAGUCAAUCGAUCAAUAAUAUAAUAAUACUUUUAGCAAAAAUGUUUAUUUUCAAUUUACAUCUGUAGAAAGAAUGAGAAUAGAAAGGGUCAGAACUUUUGUAAAACAUCACAGUACAGUUGAAAAAUAUAUGGCAACUAGAAAUCCAAUAUGGAUGGUGUUAAGAGAUGGGUGGUGUUGAAGGAUGGGACUUUUAACAACUAACAACAACUAAUAACAACAAGAUAACUAAUAAUGUAAGCAUACUAUGUCCAUAAUAAGUAUAUAGGUUAUAGGUUGAGAGCUUUUGUGAAAGAGCACAGUUAGAAAGAUAUGGCAUAUAGAAGCAAACCGGAUGGACAUCAUGAAAAUGAUCGGAGAGGUUGAGGGUAGAGGAAGUUCAGGAGUAAAAACAAACAAAAUAUAAUUAUUGUAAAAUUGACUGUGUCCAUAAAAUGUAUGUAUAAGCUGGAAGUAGAGGCCUAAGCAUUGUUGCUUACUCCAAUUAGGGAAGGGGUGGUGGGGUUGGAAAGUAAUAAAGGGAAAUAUAUUUUUUAAAGGAAAUGUAUAUGUAUGUACAUUUGUGAGGGGAAAAAAGUAUUUGAUCCCCUGCUGAUUUUGUACGUUUGCCCACUGACAAAGAAAUGAUCAGUCUAUAAUUUUAAUGGUAGGUUUAUGUGAACAGUGAGAGACAGAAUAACAACAAAAAAAUCCAGAAAAACACAUGUCAAAAAUGUUGGAAAGUAAUGAAGGGAAAUGUAUUUUAAAAAAGGAAAUAUAUAUUUGCGAGAAGAAAAAAAACAUAUGGGGGAUUGGAAGUGAUGCAGACAAUUACAUUGAUGGAAGUUACAAUCUAUCUGCAAUAUUAAAGCUGAUCUACCCCCUAAUAAAAAUAAAAAAAAUAAAAAAGUAUUUGAAUGUCCUUGAGUGGCCCAGCCAGAGGCCGGACUUGAACCCGAUCGAACAUCUCUGGAGAGACCUGAAAAUAUUUGUGCAGCGAUGCUCCCCAUCCAACCUGACAGAGCUUGAGAGGAUCUGCAGAGAAGAAUGGGAGAAACUCCCCAAAUAUAGAUGUGCCAAGCUUGUAGCGUCAUACCCAAGAAGACUCAAGGCUGUAAUCGCUGCCAAAGGUACUUCAACAAAGUACUGAGUAAAGGGUCAGAAUACUUAUGUAAAUGUGAUCUUUCAGUUUUUAUUUUUGCUUAGUCAUUAUGGGGUAUUGUUUGUAGAUUGAUGAGGGGAAUUAUUAUUUUUUGAAUCCAUUUUAGAAUAAGGCUUUAACGUAAAAACAUGUAGGAAAAGGUCAAGGGGUCUGAAUACUUUCAGAAUGAACUGUAUCCAUUUUACCGUUGAGAAAUUAAGCACUGUAUGUGGAGCGGCAGGUAGCCUAGCGGUUAGAGCGUUGGGCCAGUAACCGAAAGGUUGCUGGUUUGAAUACCCGAGCCGACAAGGUGAAAAAUCUGUCGAUGUCCCCUCGAGCAAGGCACUUAACCCUAAUUUGCUCCAGGGGCACGGUACUAAUAUGGCUGACCCUGUAAAACAACACAUCACUGCACCCAUCAGUGACUAUAAAACAUGUUUUAUUAUUGUACCUAGUGCCUCCCUUUUUGAAGGUAUCAUAAGUAUUUGGACAAAUUCACUUAUAGUGUAUAACAUUUUGGAAUACGUUUAGUAUUUGGUCCCAUAUUCCUAGCACGCAAUGACUACAUCAAGCUUGUUUGUGACUCUACAAACUUGCUGGAUGCAUUUGCAGUUUGUUUUGGUUGUGUUUCAGAUGAUGUUGUGCCCAAUAUAAAUGAAUGGUAAAUAAUGUAUUGUGUCAUUUUGGAGUCACUUUUAUUGUAAAUAAGAAUAGAAUAUGUACCUGAACACUUCUACAUUUAAUGUGGAUGCUACCAUGAUUACGGAUAGUCAUGAAUGAAUCGUGAAUACUGAUGAGUGAGAAGAUGACAGAGGCAUAAAUAUCACAACCGAAACAAACUGCAAAUUCAUCCAACAAGUUUGUAGAUUCACAAGCUUAAUUUAGUCAUUGCGUGCUAGGAAUAUGGGACCAAAUACUAAACUUUUGACUAAAUGUUAUACACUAUAAGUGAAUUUGUCCAAAUACUUAUGAUACCUUCAAAAAGGGAGGCACUAGGUACAAUAAUAAAACAUGUUUUAUAGUCACUGAUGGGUGCAGUGAUGUGUUGUUUUACAGGGUCAGCCAUAUUAGUACCAUGCCCCUGGAGCAAAUUACUGUCCAAAUAAACACGUAGGGGAGUGUCUAUAAGAUGAUUUCCUGUCUACAUGUCAAAAACGUCCCUUUCUGCCACCUGUCAUGUCAUGGAUGCCAGCUCACUGUUCAUUCUGUGCUGUCAUCCUCCUGCUUUCUCCUACAACCAACAAUAAUCACCUCCUUUUAACACAGGCCUCUCCUCCUCACCCUUUCCGUACCCCACUCUCACCACUUGCUCCCUCCAUCAACACCCAGCAUGCUGUCUGCUAACCCUCAUAAUCAUCCUUGUCCUCUUCACAAUGUCUCCUCUCAUCAUGUCUUUAUUGUGACGGCUAUAGAACAGCACAUUGAUAUGGCUGUACCCACCAAGUCCAAAUCAUCCACCUCAAGGUUCCCUCAACUGUGUUAGAUGUGGUGCUUAUCUCACUGUGAGACUAGGAAGUGGUUAGACUACAUGGACAGGGAGCCAAAAUGUCCCCUCAGGAGCUAUCCCUGUCUGUUUAGAUAGUACUAUUGCAGACAGAGACCCCACUCUGAAUAGAGAUAUACUGUUGUACCAUAGAUCACUAUGGAUGAGUCAGUCAGGGGACCCCAGACAUACCUUUGCCCAGAGUUGACCCUGUUGACUGCUAUAUAUUCUCUGGCUGAAAUCCUGUUCUUUACCCUCCAGAUGUGGAAGUGCAGAGAAUGAAAAAAGCGGUGGAGUCACUGAUGGCAGCCAAUGAGGAGAAGGUACAGUGAACUACAGUUGACCCCCCCCCACCCCAUCUCAUUACUCUCGGAUAGUUUGUCUUGUCAAGUUUAAUGUGACAGGCCAAAGAAGAGGUUACAACCUCUCCGAACCUCUGUGCCCCUAAAAAGAAGGAAAAUAAACUCUCUGUACCUUGUGACCUGGCUUGACCUUUGACCUUUAUGUGACCCCUCUGCACCUGUAGGAUCGUAAGAUUGAGGAGCUGAGGCAGUCGCUGCUGCACUACAAGAAGGUCCAGGACAUGGUGAUGUCAGUGCAAGAGAAGAAAGGUUCGAGAAACAAUGUUCUAUUUCUUAAACCAUGUUCUAUCACAUUGUUUUAUCUCUGAGAGAAACACUUGUGUUCAUUAGGUUUAUGUGUCUAAGAUCAAAGAAGUAACUGCAAACAAUGCUGACCCUGUGAAUGAUCAGUCAGUUUCAGUUUAAGUAAUGAUACAGAAGUGAUUUGUAAGAGCAGAUAGAAGUGUUCUUAAGGUCAAUAUGUAAAAAAAUGUCAACUUCAAAGCUUCACAUUUCUGACAGUGGACUCUAAUAGAAUGCCCAACUCUGAACUCUCUCCUAGGCUACAUAAAAAUCUGACUGCUCAAAAUAACUCUUUCAUCUUCAAUUCCAGACAAAACCAAAGAUGGUGAGAGUGACGAGAGUAACAGCGACAACUCCCUCUCCAUGAUGUCAACGACGACCACCCCGGUUGCCCUGGAGUCGGAGAGGCACGCGCUAGCCGGAGUCGAGGAAGUAGCAGGGAAGAGCCCAGACGAGGUACAGGAUUACAUGAUGAUUUAUAGAUUGACUAUAACAGGCCAAGGCCCUCAGAUCACAGGAACAAAUUAUAUUUCUAUGAAUGAAUGUGUCAUCCGCAUUAGACCUUUUCAAAAAGCCUUCAUAUGUCCUCCAGCCAAUGAAACAGCCAAUAAUGACACAUGCUGUGAUUUAGAUUUCACACUUCUGAACCAGGUGUUGAGUCACUUUGUCAAAUUAGUCUGAUAACAUUCAAGGUAACUUUGCAGUGACACUUUGGAUGGUUGUCUGUUUGAAUUAUGACAAGCACCAUUGUCUUGACUGCUCGUUACCCUUAAUCUACUAAAUCGUGAAAACACCUUGACACGACAGAGAAACGUAACAUAUGAGGUUGAUGGCCCUCUCCUUCAAUGCGUAGCUGGAGACGCACUAUGGAGCUACUGAAGUGUCUUCGCCCACACCCAGCCCUACAGUCCUGUCAGCCUGCGAUCUACAGAGGGGGCCAGAGCUUGACCAAGCUGAACCUGAGAGGUGAGCUGAACGAGAUGUUUAUUUAUAGUCUUUGAAAUGGGCUUCGGCUAAACCUGUGGGACAAUUCCCACAUUUCUUCCAGCACAACAUUAGUGUUUUGUUUUGGGUGUCUGUCCAGUGCUGUUUUUCUUUUUACUAGGAACCAAACGGGACAAAACGGGAACGGACCUACGUGAAUUUCUCCAAUAAAAGCUACUGUGUGCACUAAUACACUCCUGUUGAUGAACAAAGUUAGUUUGCCCCUGAGCAAAGUGAGCUGACUAGGAAAGAGAGAUGUUGUGAAUGGUGUGUAAACCUACCUCCUGAAAUGAGACCGGGCUAAGGAAAAGGUCAAUACCUAGGCAAGAUAUCAUGCCUCAUCUUGCCUUAGCGUGGUAAAUGGGGCAUAAUUGAUGACAUUUGGACACCACAAGGUCCAAGGUGUCCCACAAGGGUGUCUACAUCAGCUUGACUGAAAAAUAAGGCUUCCUAUGAAAAAUAUCUAUAGCCUCCCCUCCCAGGUUUGACCAGUGUCCCACAAGGUGUCCCACAGUGUAGCAUGCAGCAGGCAGCUCACAGCAUGUCAUCCUUUUGCUUCAAGCUUCUGCUUUCUGUCAGAAUUCCUUCCUGCCAGUGGUUCAGUACCGUACAUUGACCACACCACUUUGGCACAUUGACCAGGUCCAAGUGUUGUAGUAUUCAUUGUGUUGAGCUUUGUCAUUUCAGGACCCUGGAUAUCCCAAAGUCAGGGAGUCAGGAUAACUUGUAUGUCAGCAACAGCGAAAAGGUAAAGAUAUUUCUGAAUUCCCUUGAAGGGGCAGUCAUCAUCCCUCAGUUCUAAAGUCAUCAUUGAAUUUCAUCAUUAACACUAAAUCCCAUAUCAUCAUCUGUGCCAGAUUACAUUGGUGAUUAAAGAAAAGCCAACAGAGGUGAGUCUGUUCUCAACUGUCUUCUUUCCAUAUUUCGGGGUCAGACACUUCAUUCUUUGCUUAUCCUCUCUUUAUCAUUUACAUUAUUUUCCUCUUUGGCCUCAUCCGUCUUGUUAGAAGGCUGACAAUCUAUUCCUCCUUCUGAAGGUUAGCAUCCUCAGUAAGGCUAGUGUGUGUGUGCGUGUGCACGUGUCAUCUUGGUUUCAUUGCAUGCGUUUGAUUGCCUUUUAUCAUGUUGAAUUGAAAUUGAUCAAUCCUUUUCACUUAAAGCCAACUCUGCACUGUCAGUUAUUUUCAAAUGCAAUUUCCUACAAAUUGUUUUAUUUAUUACUGCAUGUGUGUGAUGUGACAUGGUUCUGGCAUUGUGUGAACUGAUUUUGCAGAUAGAGGUUUUUACUUGCAAUGACUGUGAUAUGUGUUUGUUUUUUACCUACUGUACCUUAGUUGAAUGCACUGAUUGUAAGUCACUCUGGAUAAGAGCGUCCGCUAAAUGACUAAAAUGUCAAAUUGACGUGUCAACUCUGUAUUUUGCUACUGUUCAGAAUAAGGCUGUGGAGGAGAUCAGUAAGAUCAGCGAGCGCCCGCCAAAGUCUCCCUCUUCAUCUCGCCCGGAGGACGACAGCUUUGGUACCAAGAAGGCUCGCUCCUCCUUCGGCCGAGGCUUCUUCAAGAUCAAGGGGGGCAAGAGGACAGCCAGCGCCCCUAACCUGGGUAAGAGAGGGUGGAUGGAUGGCCUAGUGUGCGUGAAUGGGCUGUGGGUCUCAGGUGGAAGCUUUUUGGGAACAGGUCCCAUAUUCACAAACGACUGAGGAUCAGGUCCUGCCCGUCCCAGGUGGUGAGUGACUCCGCUGUCCUGGCGUCGUGAGGGAGCUUGUUCCACCAUUGGGGUGCCAGAGCAGCGAACAGUUUUGACUGGGCUGAGCGGGAGCUAUGCUUCCGCAGAGGAAGGGGAGCCAGCAGGCCAGAGGUGGAUGAACGCAAUGCCCUCGUUUGGGUGUAGGGACUGAUCAGAGCCUGAAGGUACAGAGGUGCCGUUCCCCUCACUGCUCCAUAGGCAAGCACCAUGGUCUUGUAGCGGAUGCGAGCUUCAACUGGAAGCCAGUGGAGUGUGCGGAGGAGGGGGGUGACGUGAGAGAACUUGGGAAGGUUGAACACCAGACGGGCUGCGGCAUUCUGGAUGAGUUGUAGGGGUUUAAUGGCACAGGCAGGGAGGCCAGCCAACAGCGAGUUGCAGUAGUCCAGACGGGAGAUGACAAGUGCCUGGAUUAGGACCUGUGCCGCUUCCUGUGUAAGGCAGGGUCGUACUCUCCGAAUGUUGUAGAGCAUGAACCUAAUCGUGUUCAUUAUUAUCUUAAAGGCAAAACUGAUCCUAGAUCUGCACUCUUACUCUGAGAUGCUUUUUAAAUACGGGCCCAGAUAUAACACUGCUACUCAAUGGUUUCUGACGGUUAUUUUGCUUCUUUUGGGCUAUUUUGACUUGUAUGGUGUGGUAUGUUGUGCAUUUUGACCAGUUUGACAUGUAUAAUUAGGGAUAUUGUAGUCUUUGUGUUAUUCUUUGUUUUUAAAUAUAUAUACAGUAUAUAUACACAACAACAUUUCUUUCUCUGAGCAAUUGUAUUAGUAUAGAAUAAUGUAAUUUCCACAUUUGUUGGAGCAUAGAAUAUAGCCCAGUAUUUGAAUUAUUUAUUUUAUACAGUCAUUGCUCAUCUUUAUCAAGGGUGUCAAUAAAUUCGGACCCCACAUGUUUCUGACACUUAAUUCAGACAGUAAGGAAAUUAGAGGGGUAGAAAGGCAAGUGGGAGAAACUAUGGAAAGGGUUUACACAGGGAGUCAUCUGACAUGCAGGGGAGUGGUACCACACCGGCUCUGCACGUUCUUUGUUUUAAUGCUGAAGACUGAGCGGUUCUUUCCAAAGAGCUUGGUUUUUCGAUGUAGCUUUUAGUUGUUUUUCUAUGUUCCCCAAACCACACCCAUAGUUAAAAUACAUACAUACACCAUAAUUACUAGUCCCAUAAAUUGUUCUCCCUGUCUGAUUAUGAAAAUGUAGUCUAGUAGCCUAGUGUGUGUGCUUUGUAUGUAUGUAUGUAUGUAUGUAUGUAUGUAUAUGUGUGUGUGUGUGUGUGUGUGUGUGUGUGUGUGUGUGUGUGUGUGUGUGUGUGUGUGUGUGUGUGUGUGUGUUAUAUAUGUGUCUUAUCUGUCUCCUGCCCCUACCAUCAUACUAUGAAUCUCCCCUGUUGUUUUUUCCCAUCGGUAACCUUUGGCCUCUUUUUGUGCAUUGUGUAACGCAUUGUGAAGACCGCAGCCAGAUUGCGUGUGCCCCAAUGCUAGGUUCAGAAUAAUGGAGCCAUUAUGUCCUCAGGGCAAGGCAGGGCUGCAGUAUGGCCUCUGGAGGAAUGACCACUACUGGAUAUGACCCCUGACAUAACAUUCCCCCCACCCCCUUCCUUCCCAAACCCGCUCAACCAACUUCUCAACCUCAACCAACUGUUGACUUUCUACUUUCACCUAACUCACAAACGUGUUGUGUAAACUGAAGGGUCCUUUGUAAUUCAAUUUCAGAAAUCAUGAUUCUCCCAAUACUUAGAAAUACAUUGUAGGUUUUGAACUCUCUUGGGUGCCCACUCUAUAUGGAAUAUGAGUUGAAGGUGACUUCUAUAUUCCAAGACGUAUUCCAUAAGCAUGCUUGUGACGUGUUGAUGGAAAGUAAGGGUAGGAAUUUCUGUUCUCUAUAAUACAAUUUCAGAAAUCAUGAUUCACCCAAGUCUUAUAAAUCUUUGUGGUGACCUCUUUAUUCCAAGACUUAAUGAAACAUGAUGAUUUUGAUGUAACUUAGGAGUUCAUGCAUAGAGAAGAAAGGGUUUGAAUUUCCACUCUAGACUUUAGACAUUUGAAUAGAGGUUACUCUCAGGCCACCAUGAACCCAUGGCAAAGCACUGUCGUGGCUGCUAUUGUGGGCGUCAGUUUAGUAUAUAAUUCUACAGUAGCUACACUAGACUUCCUUGUAUACAACCACACCCAUGUUACCAGCGGUUGUUCCUCGCCAAACUGCUUUUUACAAGCACCACUGCUGGAUAGCAUUAAAGCUGAAAGACUCAUCCCGAGUGGCGCAUCGGUCUAAGGCACUGCAUCGCAGUGCUAGAGGCGUCACUACAGAUCCGUGUUCGAUCCCGGGCUGUGUCGCAGCCGGCUUCGACCAGGAGACCCAUGAGGCGGCGCACAAUUGGCCCAGCGUCGUCCGGGUUAGGGGAGGGUUUGACCAGCUGGGAUGUCCUUGUCCCAUCGCGCUCUAGCGACUCCUUGUGGCGGCCAGGCGCAUGCGCGCUGACUUCGUCGCCAGCUGUACGGUGUUUCCUCCGACACAUUGGUGCGUCUGGCUUCCGGGUUAAGGGAGCAGUGUGUCAAGAAGCAGUGCGGCUUGGCGGGGUCGUGUUUCAGAGGAAGCAUGGCUCUCGACCUUCUCCUCUCCCGAGUCCGUACGGGAGUUGCAGCGAUGGGACAAUGUAACUACCAAGUGGAUAUCACGAAAUUGGGGCUAAAAAGUACAAAAAAUUAUAUAUAUAAAAAAAUACUGAGACAGCGUUUUGUAUGUUUGUUCUGUGCGUCUGCAAACUCUGCAUGUAUAUGUGCUCUUUUCUAUUUCUCCCCUCACACCAAACCAUAUCUGGGUCUUAUGACCAGUUGAUUUAAUCUGCAAUGAUGCCCCCCUAUACAGUUUCUUCUUGAAGUUCCUUUCUUUCAAAAAAUAUGAUGUUCUUCUUGAGAUGUUUUGACUUGUAUUAGUUUAUCCGCUGUUCACUUUUCCUGAUGUUCCUGACUACAGCUAAAUAUAAAAAUAGCCUUUUCCUUAAACCCUCUAAACACGGUCAGAUCCUGACUGUUGUUUCUAAAGUUAGACCACCUCACUCUCCCAUGUAACACGUUCAGCUCAGUGAGUCUCAUUUAGGAAUGUGUGUUUGCGCGAAUUACCCUCUGGUUAAGUCUAAUAAUGAAAUGUGAAUUGUAUACAUUUCAGUCCUGUUUUGUCUUUACACCAGUGCAUAACUAGUCUUUGAAUUAUGUAAGGCCUACAACUAAAAGAAAAGCACUCUAUAUAUAUAUAUAUAUAUAUAUAUAUAUAUAUAUAUAUAUUUCUUUUCUUUUUUUUAAGUCUUCGAUAAAAUUUUGAAUUUGGCCUUUAGUGCUAUAGCCCAAAUAAACACAUUGAAUAACAUUCAUAAAUGGCACAAAUAAAUCAUAAGGAAUAAGGUUUUUGAGUGUCUGUUCUAUAUCUAGGAGAUAUAAGAAAGCUCAGGAAUAUAAAAUAUUUAACCCCUUUUUGAGGAGGGGACACAAAACGACUUCCAUACUUCCAUAAAUUGUUUUAAACCGGUACCGGAUUACAUUCAGACGAGUCCCGUGGGUCUUGUGGGGGUCGUAGAACAAAACGGAGAGCACCAUCGUGUUCGCCAGAGCCUCAUCUUUCCAUAGAGUGCAGACCAAUAUUUUAGAAAAUAUUGAUCAACUUUAUUUUUAAGGAAAUUUAUUCCGUAUACCCAAUAGCAGUAGUGUAAAUUUACUGACUAUUAUAAACAAUCGUUUUUAAUCCUUGACUCCAUCUCCUUCAACAUGCUCCCUUUGAUGCUAUAACGUUAGCAUGAUCUGUAUCUGUAGCCUAGUAUGCAUAGUGCUCUGGCUAUACAUUUUAUCCGGUUUACAAAGAUACGAAAACGAUGCUAAAAGCCAUAAUCUCUGCUGAAAUUAACUACCAAAUAUCAUUCUUGGUGAGCUGCACUGCUGCAACUGCGUGAUAGUGGUUGGGCGUCGACUCCAAAAUAAUAAAUUCCUUGCCCGUCAAGCUUAGAUUCCGUUAGGAAUCGACUCCUAAGAUUGAGUAUUUUUGCAAAAGAGGAAACUAUUUGCCCUAGUCUACUUCGAGAACACAAACUCUCUCAUUUUUCACAGCAAAGAAAGAGCGAGCUAGUGAGGGAGACAGAGAGAUGGGAGGGGCACAGCCAGGUAUAGGUAGGCAUGUCUGCCAAUAGGCAGACAGUCAGAACCGUGCAUUGGUAAUCAGAAGACGCAAUGCUGUAUUUCUCAACUUCUUGGCUUGCAAUGUCUCGCACAAGUUCACUAAAGUAGGGGCUAUCAAUGAGUAGGCUGAGCUAUUUUACACCCAAAAAGUUUAGUGGGUAUGCCCUGCUUUGCAAUCUAUUUAUUACCUAGGACAGAGCUCUACAAUCCUGUAGGUUUUCACUCCAACCCUAAUCUAGCACAUCUGAUUCAAUAAUUAGCUGGUUGAUAAACUGAAUCAGGUUAGUUACAACUGGGGUUGGAGUGAAAACCUACAGGAAGGUAGCUCUCCAUGAACAGGGUUGGAGAGCCCUGACCUAGGACAUCAACAGCCAUCCAGGGUUUCAUUAAAUAAACUAUAGGCACACUACCUUUUACUGCACAUUUAGGCCUAAUUACACUGAAACGUUUGGCGAUGUGUGUAGAAUCGCUCAGCCUACUCAUUGAUAGCCCCUACUUUAGUGAACUUGCGCGAGACAUUGCAAGCCAACAAAUUGAGAUACAGCAUUGCGAUAGCCUAUAAAUCUUUUGAUUACCGAUGCACGGUUCUGACUGUAUGCCUGGUGGUCAACAUGCCUACCUAUGACUGGCUCUGCCCCUCCCCUCUCUCUCCCUCCCUCGCUCACUCUUUGUUUGCUGUAAAAUGAGCAAGAGUCUGUAUUCUCGAAAGUAGCCAAUGGCAACUACAGUGGAUAUACAGUGAGGGAAAAAAGUAUUUGAUCCCCUGCUGAUUUUGUACGUUUGCCCACUGACAAAGAAAUGAUCAGUCUAUAAUUGUAAUGGUAGGUUUAUUUGAACAGUGAGAGACAGAAUAACAACAAAAAAAUCCAGAAAAACGCAUGUCAAGAAUGUUAUAAAUUGAUUUGCAUUUUAAUGAGGGAAAUAAGUAUUUGACCCCUCUGCAAAACAUGACUUAGUACUUGGUGGCAAAACCCUUGUUGGCAAUCAGAGGUCAGACGUUUCUUGUAGUUGGCCACCAGGUUUGCACACAUCUCAGGAGGGAAAAUAAAAACCUUACAAUAACCUGGUUGUAUAAGUGUGCACACCCUCUUAUAACUGGGGAUGUGGCUGUGUUCAGAAUUAACCAAUCACAUUCAAACUCAUGUUAAAUAUAAGUAAUUACACACCUGCCAUCAUUUAAAGUGACUCUGAUUAAUCACAAAUAAAGUUCAGCUGUUCUAGUAGGAUUUUCCUGACAUUUUCUUAGUUGCAUCUCAGAGCAAAAGCCAUGGUCCGCAGAGAGCUUCCAAGGCAUCAGAGGGAUCUCAUUGUUGAAAGAUAUCAGUCAGGAGAAGGGUACAAAAUAAUUUCCAAAGCAUUACAUAUACCAUGGAACACAGUGAAGACAGUCAUCAUCAAGUGGAGAAAAUAUGGCACAACAGAGACAUUACCAAGAACUGGACGUCCCUCCAAAAUGUAUGAAAACACGAGAAGAAAACUGGUCAGGGAGGCUUCCAAGAGGCCUACAGCAACAUUAAAGGAACUGCAGGAAUUUCUGGCAAGUACAGGCUGUGUGCUACAUGUGACAACAAUCUCCCGUAUUCUUCAUAUGAAUGGGCUAUGGGGUAGGGUGGCAAGACGGAAGCCUUUUCUUACAAAGAAAAACAUCCAAGCCCGGCUGAAGUUUGCAAAAACAAACAUCAAGUCCCCCAAAAGCACGUGGGAAAAUGUGUUAUGGUCUGAUGAAACCAAGGUUGAACUUUUUGGCCAUAAUUCCAAAAGGUAUGUUUGGUGCAAAAACAACACUGAACACCAUACCCACAGUGAAGCAUGGUGGUGGCAGCAUCAUGCUUUGGGGCUGUUUUUCUUCAGCUGGAACCGGGGCCUUAGUCAGGGUGGAGGGAAUUAUGAACAGUUCCAAAUACCAGGCAAUUUUGGCACAAAACCUUCAGGCGUCCGUUAGAAAGCUGAAGAUGAAGAGGAAGUUCACCUUUCAGCACGACAACGACCCAAAGCACACAUCCAAAUCCACAAAAGCAUGGCUUCACCAGAAGAAGAUUAACGUUUUGGAAUGGCCCAGCCAGAGCCCAGACCUGAAUCCAAUUGAACAUCUCUGGGGUGAUCUGAAGAGGGCUGUGCACAGGAGAUGUCCUCGCAAUCGGACAGAUUUGGAGCGCUUUUGCAAAGAGUGGGCAAAUAUUGCCACGUCAAGAUGUGCCAUGCUAAUAGACUCCUAACCAAAAGACUGAGUGCUGUAAUAAAAUCAAAAGGUGCUUCAACAAAGUAUUAGUUUAAGGGUGUGCACACUUAUGCAACCAGGUUAUUGUGAGUUAUUUUUUAUUUAUUUUUCUCAAAUAUUUCAGUUUGUUUCUCAAUUGAAUUGUUCAUGUUAUAGGUCACAUUAAAGGUGGAAAAAGUUCUGACAUGAUUUAUCUUUGUCUCAUUCUUUUACAUCACAAAAACCUGGCAUUUUAACAGGGGUGUGUAGACUUUUUAUAUCCACUGUAGUUAUCUCCUUUGCAAAAAUACUGAAUCUUAGGAGUCGAGGAGUUGAUUCCUUGCGGAAUUUCGAGUAACAGUUCCUUGCGGAAUCGACGCUUGACACCCAGAAAUGGGAGUCGACAGGCAAGGAGUCGAGGAAUCUAUUAUUAUGGAGAGUAGAGGAGAAAAUCAGAGUGCCUUAAUUUUGCUAUUUGAAUGGUUAUUCCAGUGACCGUGGACAUUUGCCUGACAAAUAACUGUUACUCGAAAUUCCAUAACUGUCACAGCCCUAUCGGACGCUACAGACGUUUUUGUGACAUGUCUCCUGGUCUGACAAACAGCGCUGUAGCUCUGCCACUUUACACCGCAGGUGCGGAAGGCCGACAUCGGCGGAUGCGAUUGAUUGAGACGUAGCCCAUGCAAAUCUCUAGUUUAAACAGACAGAUUUUUAUGGGGAUUAAAAACACGGGUGCGGGUGCGUCAAUCAACUCUAGGGGGUUAUAACAGACCAGACUGUCAGGGUAUUAGUGUUGAUACCAUCCCCAUGAUCUCGCUGUCUGGGAGUUGUCAUGUGGCUGGCUUUAGGGUGUUUCUUCGUCACAGCCUCUGGCCCUGGGAAGCAGAUAUCUGUGCAUGGUUUUGUCUGAAAUGGCACCCUAUUCCCUAUACGGUGUACUACUAACCAGAGCCCUGGACAAAAGUAGUGCGCUACACAGGAAAUAGGGUGCAAUUUUGGACGCACCCCAUGGCUGUCACCUCAGUCACCAUGGUAGUAUGGCGGUGCUGAUGCCCUGUGGUCAUUGCUGAUGUCCUGUUUGUACAGCUGAGACCGAGCGAGAGGGGGAUACUGACCAUCUGGACCUGGCCGGGCUACCCCAGAGGUCAGCCAUCAGCGACAGCACCAACACACUGACCAGUGUGACCUCCAAUACCUCUCCCGAGGGCAAGAAGAAGUCCAGGGGAAUCAAGGCGCUCUUUGGAAAGUGAGUGUUAAAGAUGAUUGGUACAGAACCUCUUGAUGACACUGGCCUAAGACAUCAAAAUAGAGUUUGGGAUGCCUGGGUCAUAUUCAUGAUGCACCAAACAGAAAGAAACUAACUGAAAGGGAGCGACUACUUGAACUUGUCCAAUACAAAAUGCUUGUUUUCGUUUUCUGUUGCAAAACAAUUAGCUAUGGUGUGCGCUAAUGAAUACAACCCUGGUUAAUCUUAAUCUGAUUUAGCACUCUGAAAUAUAUCAGACUUUUGAAGAGCCUGAUCAAUUAAGCUUGCAAUAUAAGAAACAGAAACAUGGGGAUGUAUUAUUUUAUUAAAAAUAGCUUUCAGCAGUGGUAACCCCACCACUACCAUUAGUUUGGAGUCAUAAGUGCACAACUUUCAACCAUGACUAGACUUAAUUUAUGUAUCGUUUUUUUCCUUUUAAGGCUGAGGAGAAGUCAGUCCACAACGUUCAACCUGGAUGACAACCUAUCAGAGCCGGUUGAGUUCAAGAGAGGCGGAGUCCGAGCCACAGCUGGUCCCAGACUGGGCUGGUCCCGUGACCUACAGCAAUCACCCAACAAGUUAGUGUGCAUGUGGACUCACCUUGAAUUAAUGAGAAGCGAAAAGUUAGUGUGCGCAGUGCACUCCCCUAGAAUAAUGAUGAUAAGGAAGUUAAGUCUAAACUAGUUGGGUGUUGCGCACUACAAUGUUCAAGUCAUUCAGAAAUAUAAGCCAGUGUGUCCUAAUUAUCUCGCUUGUAGUGACCUGGACACCCCGUUUGCCCGCUGGUCCAAGGAGCAGGUGUGUGACUGGCUGCAGGAGCAGGGACUGGGGCUCUAUCUGAACAUGGCCACACAUGUGGAUCUCUUCUGGACAGACUCUGCUGCAGGCCUCACAGCAGGACCUAGAAAGGGUGAGUACUGAGCAGGAGAGAUUGUAUCUCAAUGAGACUAACCUGUAUGAAUAAAGGUUAAAUGAAACUAAAAAACACCUGGACACUGCAGUACAGCCAGAUGUAAUUUGUUAUUGAUCCCCCUGAGGCAUUUUCGCCCCAUUAGACUCAGAGUUGACGCAACCCUGGUUUAAAACACCUAUAGGUGAAGUCAAAGCCAGAGGCUAUGUAUUAUUGUACCGUACAUUAAGGGCCUUAAAAAUCGGACAAAUAAUCCUGUAAGGCAGCAAUUCUCAACUGGUUGGUCAGAACCCAAAUUUGAGUCGUGGGACAUUUUGAAUGGAUCGCGGGUGUUUGAGUAAAAAGUUAGAGUAUUAAAAGAAUACUCCAGUCUGAACUUAGACUAAACAACUAAAACCAGGAAGAAAGUGAUUAAAUAAUUGAAUCUCUGAACUAUUUUUCUUCAAUCACAGUAUUUUCAAUAUACACUGAGUGUACAAAACAUUAGGAACUCCUUUCUAAUAUUUAGUUGUCCCCCCUUUUGCCCUCAACAGCCUCAGUUCGUUGGGGCAUGGACUCUACAAGGUGUCGAAAGUGUUCGACAGGGAUGCUGGCCCAUGUUGACUCCAAUGCUUCCCACAGUUGUCUCAAGUUGGCUCGAUGUCCUUUGGGUGGUGGACCAAUCUUGAAACACACGGGAAACUGUUGAGCGUGAAAAACUUAGGAGCGUUGCAGUUCUUGACACAGACCGGUGCGCCUGGCACCUACUACCAUACCCUGUUCAAAGGCACUUUAAUCUUCUGUCUUGCCCAUUCACCCUCUGAAUGGCACACAUACACAAUCCAUGUCUCAAGGCUUAUAAAUCCUUCAUUAACCUGUCUCCUCCCCUUCAUCUACACUGAUUGAAUUGGAUUUAACAAGUGACAUCAAUAAGGGAUCAUAGCUUUCACCUGCAUUCACCUGGUCAGUCUAUGUCAUGGAAAGAGCAGGUGUUCUUAAUGUUUUGUAUACUCAGUGUAAUUCAUUCAUUCAUAUAAAAUUAUUCUAUAUUAUGGCAGAAUUGUUGAAGCAUGGUGCAUCUCAGCAUCAGAUUUCAUGUUCAGAUUCCAUACAUGCCAUCAAAUAUUCACAGCACUUUAUUUUGAACCUUCCUCUGUUUGAACUAUGUAGCCACUCUGGCAAAACAUACUGUACUUGGUAAGCUGUUGAAAGCAGUUCAUCAAAUGGAUGGAAAUAAUCCUUGUUGUCAAGCUAACUGUGUCUCUGUUCUGGCCUGGGGGUGUGGGGUAUAAUACACUGACUCUGGGUGGUUGUUAUCUGUGUGUGUGUGUUUAGGAGCUGGGCAUCAAACACCUGCUGCACAGGAAGAAGCUCCAACUGGCCCUGCAGGCUCUGGGAUCUGAGGAGGACGACAACAAGGGCAAACUGGACUACAACUGGGUGACCAGUGAGUAGAUGAAUGGGAGUCAAGGUUUUAUACUGGGGUUUCACUAUGCCUUACGUCAUCUCAUGUUGUCUAAAUGAUAUGGUGGGCAUUUCGAAUGAAUUGUAAUCUAGUUAACUAGUUAUACAUUUGAUUCAAGUGCUCUCAAAAUGCAAGUUUGAUUGUUUGAUUUCUAAUGGCGAAAUUGACUGGCAGGUUGGCAGAUCCCCUCUCACCCCCUCACCCUUCCUCGCCCUCUCUCUCGCCUCCUCUCCCCUUCUCUCGUCUCCUUCCUCAGGGUGGCUGGAUGACAUUGGCCUGCCUCAGUAUAAGACCCAGUUUGAUGAGGGGAGGGUGGACGGCCGCAUGCUGCACUACAUGACAGUAGUGAGUGUCACACACACACAAACAUUCCUGUCCUCAGGCCAUGCAUGGAUGGGUCUGAUCAGAGCCAAAGAUAGAGAUAUAUACCGUAUGGCUCUGGGCCUAAUGAUCACACUGCUAGUUCACAUUAGGCUGAACAGACUGUACAGCAUGGAUUAGUAACACUGGAGAAGGCCUCGUCUCACCCUGUAUGGACACAAUCACUACACAAUGGCUUGAUAUAAGACGGCUCACAAAAACACUAGCCAUGCACCACACUACAAUUCGUUUUUUUCAAUCGCUUUCGUUCAAUUUUCACAAGUAUGUGGUACAUUUUUACAACGCUUAAUAUAAAACUCAAAACAGAUCAUCAAACUGUCACUUUUUCACCAAACUUAAUCAUUGUUUCAUCUAGAAAUACAUGUUUCACAUUGCAAUUCAUAUAAAGUCAUUACUUUUCGCAAUGCUCACAUUACUUUUGAUAUGAUUGUCUUCUCAUUUGUGAAAAUACAUUUAGCUAUUAUUUAAUCUGACUGCUCUUAAAGCUGUAAUAUGUAACUUUUUGGGCGACCUGACCAAAUCCGCAUAUAAAUGUCAGUUAUAGAUCCAUUCUUCUCAUUGAACGAAAGUCUAAGAUGUGGUAGAUCUGUUCUAUGUGAGCUGUUUCUAUGCUUCCCUUAAGUUUCGUUUUUGCGUCUUCUACUUUUGGUUUUGUACACCAGCUUCAAACAGCUGAAUUGACAAUAUUUGUAGUUAUUAAAAAGGUAUUUCACUGCGUUUUAGAUGGUACAAUGAUUCUCUACACUAUACAUUUCUUGUUUUGUCACAAACUGAAAUUAGGCAAACUAUUAGAAUUUUUGCAACCAGGAAAUGGCUGAAUGAUUUCUGCAUAUUAUACCUUUCACCUUUAAUUUAUAAUUACUAAACCACUUGGUAAACAUAUUAGGCUUGGGCGGUAUCCAAAUUGUCAUACAUUCAUACCGACCUUGUGCCAUACUGGGAUAUUUGGUAAUACUGUCACUGAACACAAGGGGCGGUGUUUUCAAACAACUGAGGCGCUGUAAUCCAAAGGUUAGCAAUGCUAAUAGGUACAUGUAAAAUCCCAUCAAGAAUGCUAACUAAAUGCUAAUGAGUGCAGUGUGAACAUUUUAUAGUCUCUGACCUAAACUAUACAAGUAUGCAGGUCACUUAAAAAUGCUACACAGUUUGCUGCACGCACAAAACAAAUAUUAGACAGUAAAGCUCUUGAUCCAGGAGGGGAUUCUCGGCUGUUACCAAGCCAAAUUUGAUUUUGGAAGAAGCUAACCACUUAGCUAGAUAGCCAACUAUACUGAACAAAAAUAUAAACGCAUGCAUGUGAAGUGUUGGUCCCAUGUUUCAUGAGCUGAAAUAAAAGAUCACAGACAUUUUUUAUACGCACAAUAAAGCUUAUUUCUCUCAAAUUCUGUGCAUAAAUUUGUUUACAUGCCUGUUAGUGAGCAUUUCUCCUUUGCCAAGAUAAUCCAUCCACCUGACAGGUGUGGCAUAUCAAGAAGCUGAUUAAACAGCAUUCUCAUUACCUAGGUGCACCUUGUGCUGGGGACAAUAAAAGGCCACUCUAAAAUGUGUAGUUUUGUCACACAACACAAUGCCACAGAUGGCUCAAGUUUUGAGGGAGCGUGCAAUUGGCUUGCUGACUGCAGGAAUGUCCUCCAGAGCUAUUGCCAGAGAAUUUAAAGUUAAGUCGCCUCCAAUGUCGUUUUAGAGAAUUUAGCAAUAUGUUUAACCGGUCUCACAACCACAGACCACGUGUAACCAUGCCUAUGCCCUCCCAGGCUGCGUCCCUGCCCAGUCAUGUGAAAUCCAUAGAUGUGGGCCUAAUUAAUGUAUUUCUAUUAACUGAUUUCCUUAUAUGAACUGUAACAGUAAAAUCUUUGUUGCAUGUUGCAUUUAUAUUUUUGUUCAGUGUGUGUGUGUGUGUGUGUGUGUGUGUGUGUGUGUGUAUGUAUAUAUAUAUAAUACACAUACAUACAUACAUACAUACAGUGGGGAGAACAAGUACAGUGGGGAAAAAAAGUAUUUAGUCAGCCACCAAUUGUGCAAGUUCUCCCACUUAAAAAGAUGAGAGAGGCCUGCAAUUUUCAUCAUAGGUACACGUCAACUAUGACAGACAAAAUGAGAUUUUUUUUUCUCCAGAAAAUCACAUUGUAGGAUUUUUAAUGAAUUUAUUUGCAAAUUAUGGUGGAAAAUAAGUAUUUGGUCAAUAACAAACGUUUCUCAAUACUUUGUUAUAUACCCUUUGUUGGCAAUGACACAGGUCAAACGUUUUCUGUAAGUCUUCACAAGGUUUUCACACACUGUUGCUGGUAUUUUGGCCCAUUCCUCCAUGCAGAUCUCCUCUAGAGCAGUGAUGUUUUGGGCUGUCGCUGGGCAACACGGACUUUCAACUCCCUCCAAAUAUUUUCUAUGGGGUUGAGAUCUGGAGACUGGCUAGGCCACUGCAGGUCCUUGAAAUGCUUCUUACGAAGCCACUCCUUCGUUGCCCGGGCGGUGUGUUUGGGAUCAUUGUCAUGCUGAAAGACCCAGCCACGUUUCAUCUUCAAUGCCCUUGCUGAUGGAAGGAGGUUUUCACUCAAAAUCUCACGAUACAUGGCCCCAUUCAUUCUUUCCUUUACACGGAUCAGUCGUCCUGGUCCCUUGCAGAAAAACAGCCCCAAAGCAUGAUGUUUCCACCCCCAUGCUUCACAGUAGGUAUGGUGUUCUUUGAAUGCAACUCAGCAUUAUUUGUCCUCCAAACACGAUGAGUUGAGUUUUUACCAAAAAGUUAUAUUUUGGUUUCAUCUGACCAUAUGACAUUCUCCAAUCCUCUUCUGGAUCAUCCAAAUGCACUCUAGCAAACUUCAGACGGGCCUGGACAUGUACUGGCUUAAGCAGGGGGACAUGUCUGGCACUGCAGGAUUUGAGUCCCUGGCGGCGUAGUGUGUUACUGAUGGUAGGCUUUGUUACUUUGGUCCCAGCUCUCUGCAGGUCAUUCACUAGGUCCCCCCGUGUGGUUCUGGGAUUUUUGCUCACCGUUCUUGUGAUAAUUUUGACCCCACGGGGUGAGAUCUUGCGUGGAGCCCCAGAUCGAGGGAGAUUAUCAGUGGUCUUGUAUGUCUUCCAUUUCCUGAUAAUUGCUCCCACAGUUGAUUUCUUCAAACCAAGCUGCUUACCUAUUGCAGAUUCAGUCUUCCCAGCCUGGUGCAGGUCUACAAUUUUGUUUCUAGUGUCCUUUGACAGCUCUUUGGUCUUGGCCAUAGUGGAGUUUGGAGUGUGACUGUUUGAGGUUGUGGACAGGUGUCUUUUAUACUGAUAACAAGUUCAAACAGGUGCCAUUAAUACAGGUAACGAGUGGAGGACAGAGGAGCCUCUUAAAUAAGAAAUUACAUGUCUGUGAGAGCCAGAAAUCUUGCUUGUUUGUAGGUGACCAAAUACUUAUUUUCCACCAUAAUUUGCAAAUAAAUUCAUUAAAAAUCCUACAAUGUGAUUUUCUGGAUUUAUUUUUCUCAAUUUGUUUGUCAUAGUUGACGUGUACCUAUGAUGAAAAUUACAGGCCUCUCAUAUUUUUAAGUGGGAGAACUUGCACAAUUGGUGGCUGACUAAAUAUUUUUUUUCCCCCACUGUAUUUGAUACACUGCCGAUUUUGCAGGUUUUCCUACUUACAAAGCAUGUAGAGGUCUGUAAUUUUUAUAAUAGGUACACUUCAACUGUGAGAGACGGAAUCUAAAACAAUAAUCCAGAAAAUCCCAUUGUAUGAUUUCUAAAUAAUUAAUUUGCAUUUUAUUGCAUGACAUAAGUAUUUGAUCACCUACCAACCAGUAAGAAUUCCGGCUCUCACAGACAUGUUAGUUUUUCUUUAAGAAGCCCUCCUGUUCUCCACUCAUUACCUGUAUUAACUGCACCUUUUUGAACUCGUUACCUGUAUAAAAGACACCUGUCCACACACACAAUCAAACAGACUCCAACCUCUCCACAAUGGCCAAGACCAGAGAGCUGUGUUAAGACAUCAGGGAUAAAAUUGUAGACCUGCACAAGGCUGGGAUGGGCUACAGGACAAUAGGCAAGCAGCUUGGUGAGAAGGCAACAACUGUUGGCGCAAUUAUUAGAAAAUGGAAGAAGUUCAAGACGACGGUCAAUCACCCUCGGUCUGGGGCUCCAUGCAAGAUCUCACCUCGUGGGGCAUCAAUGAUCAUGAGGAAGGUGAGGGAUCAGCCCAGAACUACACGGCAGGACCUGGUCAAUGACCUGAAGAGAGCUGGGACCACAGUCUCAAAGACAACCAUUAGUAACACACUACGCCGGCAUGGAUUAAAAUCCUGCAGCGCACGCAAGGUCCCCCUGCUCAAGCCAGCGUAUGUCCAGGCCCGUCUGAAGUUUGCCAAUGACCAUCUGGAUGAUCCAGAGGAGGAAUGGGAGAAGGUCAUGUGGUCUGAUGAGACAAAAAUAGAGCUUUUUGGUCUAAUCUCCACUCGCCGUGUUUGGAGGAAGAAGAAGGAUGAGUACAACCCCAAGAACAGAACACCAUCCCAACCAUGAAGCAUGAAGGUGGAAACAUCAUUCUUUGGGGAUGCUUUUCUGCAAAGGGGACAGGACGUCUGCACCAUAUUGAGGGGAGGAUGGAUGGGGCCAUGUAUCGCGAGAUCUUGGCCAACAACCUCCUUCCCUCAGUAAGACCAUUGAAGAUGGGUCGUGGCUGGGUCUUCCAGCAUGACAACGACCCGAAACACACAGCCAGGGCAACUAAGGAGUGGCUCCGUAAUAAGCAUCUCAAGGUCCUGGAGUGGCCUAGCCAGUCUCCAGACCUGAACCCAAUAGACAAUCUUUGGAGGGAGCUGAAAGUCCGUAUUGCCCAGCGACAGCCCCAAAACCUGAAGGAUCUGGAGAAGGUCUGUAUGGAGGAGUGGGCCAAAAUCCCUGCUGCAGUGUGUGCAAACCUGGUCAAGAACUACAGGAAACGUAUGAUCUCUGUAAUUGCAAACAAAGGUUUCUGUACCAAAUAUUAAGUUCUGCUUUUCUGAUGUAUCAAAUACUUAUGUCAUGCAAUAAAAUGCAAAUGAAUUACUUAAAAAUCAUACAAUGUGAUUUUCUGGAUUUUUGUUUUAGAUUCCGUCUCUCACAGUUGAAGUGUACCUAUGAUAACAAUUACAGACCUCUACAUGCUUUGUAAGUAGGAAAACCUGCAAAAUCAGCAGUGUAUCAAAUACUUGUUCUCCCCACUGUGUGUGUGUAUAUAUAUAUAUAUAUAUAUAUACUGUAAUGUACUAUUAUGAUGACUAUUAUGAUUUUACUGGUUUAAAGAAAUCUGAUAUCAACAAGAUCUUUAUGUAACAAAUGCAUCCCCUAUACAGUAAACAUCAAUCCAAAAUUGAGUUGCUGAGGUGUUUUUGAUGGGGGGGUUUACACUGCUUUACUCAAAUGUAAUUGGCCAAUACAGUACUUUAAUACUGUAAAAUAUGCCAUUUACUUAGGAGAUGGUUUUAUCCAAAGGGACAACAGUGAGUCCAUAUGCUUUCGCAUGGGAAUCAUAAGUACAAUACUGUAAAAUACACUGCUCAAAAAAAUAAAGGGAACACUAAAAUAACACAUCCUAGAUCUGAAUCAAUUAAAUAAUCAUAUUAAAUACUUUUUUCUUUACAUAGUUGAAUGUGCUGACAACAAAAUCACACAAAAAUUAUCAAUGGAAAUCAAAUGUAUCAACCCAUGGAGGUCUGUAUUUGGAGUCACCCUCAAAAUUAAAGUGGAAAACCACACUACAGGCUGAUCCAACUUUGAUGUAAUGUCCUUAAAACAAGUCAAAAUGAGGCUCAGUAGUGUGUGUGGCCUCCACGUGCCUGUAUGACCUCCCUACAACGCCUGGGCUUGCUCCUGAUGAGGUGGCGGAUGGUCUCCUGAGGGAUCUCCUCCCAGACCUGGACUAAAGCAUCCGCCAACUCCUGGACAGUCUGUGGUGCAACGUGGCGUUGGUGGAUGGAGCGAGACAUGAUGUCCCAGAUGUGCUCAAUUGGAUUCAGGUCUGGGGAACGGGCGGUCCAUAGCAUCAAUGCCUUCCUCUUGCAGGAACUGCUGACACACUCCAGCCACAUGAGGUCUAGCAUUGUCUUGCAUUAGGAGGAACCCAGGGCCAACCGCACCAGCAUAUGGUCUCACAAGGGGUCUGAGGAUCUCAUCUCAGUACCUAAUGGCAGUCAGGCUACCUCUGGCGAGCACAUGGAGGGCUGUGCGGCCCCCCCAAACAAAUGCCACCCCACACCAUGACUGACCCACCGCCAAACCGGUCAUGCUGGAGGAUGUUGCAGGCAGCAGAACGUUCUCCACGGCGUCUCCAGACUCUGUCACGUCUGUCACAUGUGCUCAGUGUGAACCUGCUUUCAUCUGUGAAGAGCACAGGGCGCCAGUGGCGAAUUUGCCAAUCUUGGUGUUCUCUGGCAAAUGCCAAACGUCCUGCACGGUGUUGGGCUGUAAGCACAACCCCCACCUGUGGACGUCGGGCCCUCAUACCACCCUCAUGGAGUCUGUUUCUGACCGUUUGAGCAGACACAUGCACAUUUGUGGCCUGCUGGAGGUCAUUUUGCAGGGCUCUGGCAGUACUCCUCCUACUCCUCCUUGCACAAAGGCGGAGGUAGCAGUCCUGCUGCUGGGUUGUUGCCCUCCUACGGCCUCCUCCACGUCUCCUGAUGUACUGGCCUGUCUCCUGGUAGCGCCUCCAUGCUCUGGACACUACGCUGACAGACACAGCAAACCUUCUUGCCACAGCUCGCAUUGAUGUGCCAUCCUGGAUGAGCUGCACUACCUGAGCCACUUGUGUGGGUUGUAGACUCCGUCUCAUGCUACCACUAGAGUGAAAGCACCGCCAGCAUUCAAAAGUGACCAAAACAUCAGCCAGGAAGCAUAGGAACUGAGAAGUGGUCUGUGGUCACCAACUGCAAAACCAGUCCUUUAUUGGGGGUGUCUUGCUAAUUGCCUAUAAUUUCCACCUGUUGUCUAUUCCAUUUGCACAACAGCAUGUGAAAUGUAUUGUCAAUCAGUGUUGCUUCCUAAGUGGACAGUUUGAUUUCACAGAAGUGUGAUUGACUUGGAGUUACAUUGUGUUGUUUAAGUGUUCCCUUUAUUUUUUUGAGCAGUGUACAAUGCAUGAUUACAAUCCAGGUAGAAGGUGUAUGAUUGCCAUCCCUAUUAGCGGGCGACCCUCCUCCAGGCCAUGGCUGAGGCAUGCGAUGACAUCAAUCCAGACCAAUGUCAGGCUUGGAUUCGCCAUGCCAAAAGGUUUUUCCCCAGGUGAAUGAACAAUGUGGACAUUGACUGCAAUGUCGAUGAGAACCUAUGGCAGAGAGUAGCGUUAGAGUGCUUGAUGCAAACUAGUGCCUGCUAAACGUUAUGUUUCUUUCAUUCCUUUCAUUUGUUUAAUGUGUUACAGUACACCUAUGUUGCAAUUAUACACUAAGUGUACAAAACAUUAUGAACACCUGCUCUUUCCAUGACAUAGACUGACCAGGUGAAUCCAGGUGAAAGCUAUAAUCCCUUAUUGAUGUCACUUGUUAAAUCCACUUCAAUCAGUGUAGAUGAAGGGGAGGACACAAGUUAUAGAAUUAUUUUUAAGCCUUGAGACAAUUGAAACAUGGAUAGUGUAUGCAUGCCAUUCAGAGGGUGAAUGGGCAAGACAAAAUAUUUAAGUGCCUUUGAACGGUGUAUGGUAGUAGGUGUCAGGUGCACCGGUUUGUGUCAAGAACUGCAACACUGCUGGGUUUUCACACUCAACAGUUUCCCAUUUGUAUCAAUAAUGGUCCACCACCCAAUGGACAUCUCAUUAGGAAGGUGUUCUUAAUGUUUUGUACACUCAGUGUAUCUGAACAAUACAUUUAAAAAAUUUGCAUCAAUGAUUGUGAAAAAUGUCUUUAAAGACCACACGUUUGAUCACACAUGGGAUAGAAAUUAUGGAAAUUAUAUUUUCAGUCAAUUUUGAUGGGUAGUGCAAGUGCAUUGCCUACAGUGAAAACAGUGUAAUAUACUAUAAGUUGCAGUACUGUAGCAUAUUACAUUCAAAGGGCAAUUUUCAAAGAUGUAGCUUUUAUUUUUUGUUAUUGGAUUAACUCGUUAAAACAACUAAAUUGAGAAAAUUGUUGUGUUUCAGUGAUUAAAUCAAUCUUCUCAUGGUAUUUCACAGUAAAACCUAUAUUUUGAACAUUAGACUCGCUGCGUUACAAGUGUUACCAGUUUGGCAUUUUGUACUAAGAGUUUUGAAGAUUCACCGAAUACUUGUGAAAAUGGCACCAAAGCGAUUGAAAAAAAAAACGGUUAUCUUGAUAUUACUUCGGUCAAGACAAUCAAGUAGAAUCUCAUCAGAUUAUAUGACUUUACCUGCUGGGUGGUUAUUUUUUUCUUUGCGCAAUGAAAAACUCAUCACUAACUCCUGACAGCUUUUUCCGUCUGACCUGACAUAUUACUCUUGUUAACAUUUCUUGUUCCUGUGUGUCCUCUGUCAGGAUGACCUGCUGUCUCUGAAGGUGGGCAGUGUGCUCCACCACCUCAGCAUCAAGAGAGCCAUUCAGGUGCUGCGCCUCAACAACUACGAGCCCAACUGCCUGCGCCGACGGCCCUCCGAUGAGGUAGGGCCACUGGAUCACUGGUAGUUUUCAUUAGGCAACAAACCAAAGAAAACGGACUGAAAUAGGGCUGAUUUUUGCUUUCCGUUGCAAAUGUUUUAAAUCGUUUUCUGGUGUGUGCCCUAAUGAACACAACCCUGGUUCCAGGCAUUCAUGAACACUUGUCAAUGCUACUGUUACUGUUGUGAAGGCUCAUGUCCUCACCCAUAACCUCUGGCCAUGUCCCUCCCUUGCCACUCACCUCACCUGUCUCACUUUGCUCAUUAGCACCCUUGACUAUUUAAGCAGCAGUUUCUCCCUCCAGUAUUCCUUAUUACUGUUGGUGAAUGCAUGGGGCAGCCAACUUGUUUUUUCCUUUCCAUGUUGUGCGUGAUGGACAAUAAACAUGUUGAGCUCCUGUUGGAGAAACUCCCCACUGAGCAGUUUAGCGAAUUCAAGCAUUUCAUCUGUAUAUCCAACACAGGUGCUAUAUCCUACAACCUACCAGACUUUGCCACCUGGCUCCAGGCAGAGGUGCCUGCCUAGACACAGAACAGCGUCAGGUCAACAGCGUCACUCAGGGCAACACCAUCACUCCCCUCGCAGGUCCAUCCAAGGCACUAAAUCUUCCAUACCAGACUGGUCAGCCAUCAUCACCCCGUAUACCCACAUGUGCACACUGCUAUUCUGCUGAUCACCUCAUUAGUAGAUGUGCACACUUCAGCCAGAUGACCAAUGACCAGAAGGAAAACUGCAUCCAGAACCUCAAGAGAUGCUGACGCUGUGCCCGAAACCAUCAAGCUUCAAAAUGCGACCUAUCCACAACAUUAUCCUGCAUCCUUUAAAUCAAAUCAACAACAAAAAAUUGCCACAUGCGGCGAAUACAACAGGUGUAGACAUUACAGUGAAAUGCUUACUUACAAGCCCUUAACCAACAAUGCAUUUAAAAAAAUGUUUUGAGGUAAUAUGUACAUGUGGGUAAACUUAAAGUGACUAUGCAUAAAUAAUAAACAGAGUAGCAGCAGCGUAAAAGGUGGGGGUGGGGGGGCAGUGCAAAUAGUCCGGGUAGCAAUGAUUAGCUGUUCAGGAGUCUUAUGGCUUGGGGGUAGAAGCUGUUGAGAAGCCUUUUGCUUGCCGUGCGGUAGCAGAGAGAACAGUCUAUGACUAGGGUGGCUGGAGUCUUUGACAAUUUUGACACUGCCUGGUAUAGAGGUCCUGGAUGGUAGGAAGCUUGGCCCCAGUGAAGUACUGGGCCGUACGCACUACCCUCUGUAGUGCCUUGCGGUCGGAGGCCGAGCAGUUGCCAUACCAGGCGGUGAUGCAACCAGUCAGGAUGCUCUCGAUGGUGCAGCUGUAGAACUUUGUGAGGAUCUGAGGACCCAUGCCAAAUCUUUUCAGUCUCCUGAGGGGGAAUAGGCUUUGUCGUGCCCUCUUCACGACUGUCUUGGUGUGUUUGGACCAUGAUAGUUCGUUGGUGAUGUGCACACCAAGGAACUUGAAGCUCUCAACCUGUUCCACUACAGCCCUGUCGAUGAGAAUGGGGGCGUGCUCAGUCCUCUUUUUUUCCCCCUGUAGUCCACAAUCAUCUCCUUUGUCUUGAUCAUGUUGAGGGAGAGGUUGUUAUCCUGGCACCACACGGCCAGGUCUCUGACCUCCUCUCUAUAGGCUGUCUCAUCGUUGUCGGUGAUCAGGCCUACCACUGUUGUGUCGUCAGCAAACUUAAUGAUGGUGUUGGAGUCGUGCCUGGCCAUGCAGUCAUGGGUGAACAGGGAGUACAGGAGGGGACUGAGCACGCACCUCUGAGGGGCCCCCGUGUUGAGGAUCAGCGUGGCAGAUGUGUUGUUACCUACCUCAUGUGUUUGUGUGCAAUAAAACCCCACUAUUUGGAUUCCUGCGUCAUCUCGUUUCAUCUGCAUUCUUAUCGAUGCGCCAUGGUGGCACUUUGAACUCUGAACCAGUCAAACCUCCUUAUACAGUCCACCCUUUCUAUAGUUACUGUACCGUCCCCUUUUUGUCGUUCUCCACUUCUUCAAGCUACACAAGUGUUAUCAAAUCCUGUCGCUCAGUCAUUUGUUCUGUUGAUAAACAUUAUUUUCUCUGUCUCCUGAUUGGUCAGAACAACAUCACACCAGCAGAGAUCUCCCAGUGGACCAAUCACAGAGUAAUGGAGUGGCUGAGAUCAGUAGACCUGGCGGAGUACGCCCCCAACCUGAGGGGCAGCGGCGUCCACGGGGGACUCAUGGUGAGAAAGAAUGAUCCAAUUCAUUUUUUUUUUUUUUUUUUUACUGCUUCAGUUUAAACUUUAAUGACUAAAACCAGAUAGACUGCGUAGAAAUUACAGUGGGUUAUUUCAUCAUUGAAACGUUGAAUAUUUUUUAUUUUAUCUUACAAUGAGAAAAUCUAUCCCACAUCUCACAAUGUUGCCUCUUCCCCCAGGUGCUGGAGCCUCGGUUCAACGUGGAGACCAUGGCCCUGCUGCUGAACAUUCCCCCCAACAAGACACUGCUGCGGAGGCACCUGGCCACCCACUUCAACCUGCUGGUGGGCUCUGAGGCCCAGGGGCUCAAACAGGAGUGUCUGGAGAACCCUGACUACACCCUGCUCACCGCCACCGCCAAGGUCAAGGUAGGGGUCAAAAGUAGUGCACAAUAUAGGAAAUAGGGUGCCAUUUUGGAUGCAGCCAUGGUUUUACUGUAGGUGAGGAGUGAUGGAGAAGGGGAAGACGUGGGUUUGGCUGUGGUAAGAAUGGUUCUCAUGUGUUUGAUCUGGUUUUGGUUAUGAACUUUAGUCUCAGUUGAGAAAUAAUCUGUUCCCACCAGCCGAGGAAGAUGUCGUUUGGGAGCUUCGGCAGCCUGAGAAAGAAGAGGCAGGAUGACAGUGAGGAGUAUGUCUGCCCCAUGGACGUGGAGAUGCCAAAGGGACGUAGCUUCCAGAAAGGCUAUGAACUCCAGCUCUACGAGGACGACCUGGACCGGCUAGAGCAGGUCAACUACUGGUCUGAUCCCAGAUCUGUUUGUGCUGUCUUGCCAACUCCUAUGCUCAUUGUUGGCAAGACAUUUCUCUGUAGUGGUGGCAUUGUGCUCAGUACACAUAACAAGUCAUCACAUCAAUACUUACAUUCAACCUCCACCUUUAGAUUGUUCUCUACUCAAUGUUUAGAGUUUGCCUGUAUUACAUAGACCUUUCUGGUCAUUCACUACCGUGACAGGAGAUGGCAGCACUGUGCCUAGUUUGUGUAUUCUUUCAGAGCAGCUGAACACUAACAGGGUUACUAACAGGUCUUCUUAGUAGUGGUGUUGAGUGUCAAACCUUAUCUGUUAUUAUAGAUGGAGGACUCAGAGGGAACUGUGAGGCAGAUCGGAGCCUUCUCUGAGGGCAUCCAAAACUUGACGGUA